CAUAACCAGAGGACCACGGCGUUCCGGCACCCCGUGACGGGACAGGUGUCUCAGGAGAACGUUGAUUUUAUCCUCCAAGAACAGUGAGUGACUAAUCUCCUUUUAUCUGCCUUUUGUGCGAUGACAACUUUUGGUUCUCAGAAUAUCGCUGGUAUGCUAGUUGGUAAUUGUCAAUAACAGACCCGUGGCCUCUCAGGAAUGUCAAUGGCGUGCAUCUAUUUGUAACUACGAGUGUGUAAACCUCAACACAGCCAAUGCCGAGCUUAACUAUCUAUAUUAAAUUGUAUUCAUAUAGCGUCUCAAACAAAUAUCAAUCUUCAAAGUAAAUCCAACAGUGUAUAUUAUUUCAAGACUGUAGAUAGGAGCCUUAGAAUUGUUGCAUUGGCCAGAUAUGUCAAGGUAUAUGGAGCAGUGAAACAAUAAUCUGUGGAGUAAUGGAAUAGUGGUAAAAGCCAGUACUGUUGGGGAAGCUGAAAUGUGGGAAAGUUGGCUUUGUUGUAUAGAUCUGUAGUUGUUGUUUGGUGAAUACAGCAUUGGGUGUGAAGUAAAAGGCAAAGCCAGUGUUGUUCGGAAACUGAGAUUAUGGAACAGAGUGGUACAUUAACCCAAAUAGGAUGUUCUUUCUCUCAGUUCCUUUAUGGAUCAUCAAGGUUGGAAGGGCGGACCAUGUCCCCUCUCAAAUGUCCAGAGCCUGGUCUCCAGAAUCCACUUACCCUUAGCUGGCCUCUACCAGGUCAUCUUAACCCUGACUGUGUGACCCAAAUGGCACACUGUCAGUACAGCUAGGAUUUACCACCCUAACUGCUCAUGAGUUGUGGCCUACAAACUCUGGUAUAUAAGUCUAGUGUUAUAGGCGCAUGAUCUGAAAAUCUCGAAACCGCCGUAAAAUCCGCCAGAUUUAGAAUUGAGCUCAGAGUACUAGUGUGGGAUGUCACAACGCAGCGCAUCUAUCCAUCUCUUGCUCUAAUUUCUCUCUGUUCUCUUUGUAUUCUUCUGUCUUCUCUCAUUUUUGUUGUUCUGCCCUCAGCAAUUGUGUGCAAGGAGAUUCUGAAAAAAGUUCCCAGGUUUUUCUGAAUUCCUGGUUGCAGCAUUCCCAGUUGGAGGAUUCCCUCCCUGCUUAUCCUCUGAGAAUCCUCCAACCAGGAUUUCUGAAAAACCUGUGAACUUUGGGAAAGGAGACUAGCACCAUUGGUAGAACCUUGUAGUUGGUUGUACCAAAGAUUUUCUAUUAUGUUGACAAGAUAGUCGAGUGACCGCUCUAACAAUGGAAAUACAUGGAAGGUAGGCGGGAGGAGGCGAGAUCAGGUGCUUUGGCGCAAGAUGACACAGAUUGGAAAGGUUGUGCUCAAAGGGUCACUCCAUGAAAAAUAUUUUGGAUUUUGUUCCUCAACACAAAACUACAGUGACAAGCAUGAGUUCAUGCAGAACUUUCUUAUUUCUUAAAUAUCUUAUUGCAUCUACACUGCCUAAAAUCUAAACAGCCGUGGAGCUAAUAACAGCACAUUUAAAACGGAUACCACAAGACUCAUCAACGUAGAGCUCUGUUCUCUAUCUCUCACUCUCCGAUCUCUCCCUCGCUACAUCUCUCUCUCCAAUGUCUCGCUUUCUCUCUCUGGUACUCUCUCGUUCCCUCUUUUUCGCUUUCUCUCUCUCCCUUUCUCUGAUCUAGCACACUCUUGCUCUCUCCUUCUGUGUCUGGCAGAGAACAGGAGAGCACAUUCCCCUGCUAUGUUCUGAUGGAUCCGUCUCAUUAACAGCUACAGUAUGUGGGCGUGGAGGCCUAUUUGAGCCGUGCAGAUAAUGUGUCACAGCCACUCAGCCUGCACACCCGCUAGUACUGCAUACAGAGGAACAGGCCAGAGGUGUGUGUGUCUCUGUGUGUGUGUGUGGGCGUGCGUGCGUGCAUUGUGAAAUGACUCUCAAUGCAGCUGCAGCCUUGAAAACGUUUCGGGGAGCUAGGCAAGCUAUAAUGCUGCAGCCAUGACAAUUGUGGGAUACAAUGUAGCCUAGCAGUACCUGUGGUUUGUUGUUGCUCCAAGUUAAUGUUAUUCAGAGCGAUUUACAAACAGUGCAUUCAACUAAAGUAGGUAAAACAACCACAUAGAUCACAAGUGUUGCUCUGUGAACCAGCCAGAUCUAUACUAGGGCUAGUCCAGGGUUUCCGUUAGGAAAAUGUGGCGCCGGACAAUGUGACCGGGAAGAUUUUAAUUUACCGGCCAAUUCAGAAAUGUACUGGACCUAUAUACAUUGGGUGCAUAACCAACCCAUUAGGGUGUCCACCCACGGUGCUCAGAAUGCCCAUCAAAACUGCUUUUAACACGUGAUUGCAUUUAGAAUAGUUGCGCAAUAACUGGGUGAAUAAAAGCAUGUUUCACUCCAGCAGAAACGAGCUGGGGAGCUGCAGCAGCUCUAGCGCUGUCUGUAGUUGAUAUUCCGCUCAAAAUAGGCGUUGUAUGCUAUGCACGUGUGAUAAAUAAGAUGCAUGAUGACUAACGAAAAUUCCAGUACAUUAUGCAAAUUAACCUAUAGACCGAUGAGCAUGACAGGCAAAUGUAUUUCAAUCGACUGGUAUUUCCAUCAAUGAAUAAAAAGCAUUAUUUUGUAAUGAGAUUGUUUUUUUUUCUCCCAGUCAAUUUGGUCGGCAACUAUUUUAUUUAUCGGCCUAAAGCUGUCAAUUAUCGGCUAACGUAAACUCUACACUUGAUGAACUACACAGUGGCCAGUUUUUUUUAGGUACACCACCCAUUCACUAAAAUGGUUCGCUCCUACAGACCAUGAGUCACGUGGCCGUGGCUUGCUAUAUAAAGCCGGCAGACAGGCAUCGAGGCAUUCAGGGACUGUUCGAUUUAAUGUUAGAAUGGGCAAAACGAUUGACCUAAGCAACUUUGAGCGUGGUAUGAUGGUCGGUGCCAGGCGCCGGUUCCAGUAUCUCAGAAACGGACGGCCUCCUGGGCUUUUCAUGCACGACAGUGUCUAAGGUUUACAGAGAAUGGUGCGACAAACAAAAAUCAUCCAGUCAGCGGCAGUCCUGUGGGCGAAAACAGCUCGUUGAUGAGAGGUCAAAGAAGAAUGGCAAGAAUCAUGUAAGCUAACAGGCGGGCCACAAACAAUGGCGCAGUACAACAGUGGUGUGCAGAACGGCAUCUCGGAAUGCACAACUCGUUGGUCUUAUUCACGGAUGGGCUAUUGCAGCAGACGACCACACCGGGUUCUACUCCUAUCAGCUAAAAACAAGAAGAAGCGCUCCAGUGGGCACACAAUCACCAACACUGGACAAUUGAGGAGUGGAACAACUUUGCCUUGUCCGGCGAAUUCCGGUUGCUGUUGCGUCAUGCUAAUGGCAGAGUCAGGAUUGGGGAUAAGCAGCAUGAGUCCAUGGCCCCAUCCUGCCUGGUGUCAAUGGUACAGGCUGGUGGCGGUGGUGUAAUGGUGUGGGGAAUGUUUUCCUGGCACACGUUAGGUCCCUUGAUACCAAUUGAGCACCGUUUCCUUGCCCCGAGUAAUUCAGGCUGUCCGACCCGGUACUAACAAACUGAGUGUAUAAGAUGAUAGCACAGACCCACAACAUUUUAGGCUUAUUUCAAAAUGCUGUGGAGACUGCUAAUGAGGGGCAAAUUACAUCACGUAAUACAAAUUCAAAUCUGGACCUCGAAGCCAGUUCCACUGCUGAUUUUUAAUUCCUCCCCUCUAAUCAAGUACUGAUUUAGACCUGGGACACCAGGUGGGUGCAAUUAAUCAUCAGGUAGAAGAACAGAAAACCAGCAGUGAUCUGGACCGCCGGGCUCAGACCCCUGGUAUAGUCUUUAGAUCACAUAUCCUCGUUCCAGCACUGCUUUUGAUAGAGGCACCACCUAACAGAUCACCAUCAAAGCGAGUUGAAACCUCAUCUAAGGUCUUAUAUUAUUGCCAUGGGGAGACUGGCGUCUAAAGGGAGACUGGCUGGGCCUCAGACCCAGGAGUGGCUAAAGUGUCCAGGCUUUACACCUCAUAAGAGGCCACACGUUAUCGCCUCUUAUUUUUAUAUCAGGCUGGAAUGACGUCUAGCGUCGGUGUCUGGUCUCUCUGUGUCUGUCUGUCUGACUGCCUACCUGCUUGUCCGUCUGUAACUUCUUCUCUCUUUUCUUUCUUUCAAUCAGUCUAUUACCCCUUUCUCUCCGUAUCUCACACACCUAUUCGCUGAUUCUUAACUGCUGUCUCUCUCCCCUCAUUGCUAUGGUAUCUGGUGAUGAUGGGCAAAGCUACGCUAGCAAUGUGAUGACUCUCUCACAAGAGGGAUCGCUGACCCGCCGGGCAGGGCAACGCUUUUGUUGACUGUCGCCAUGGCAGCGACAGGGUGGAUUUCAAACACCUGGACCACAUGCAGACAGGGAAUGGGGAGGGAGAGCAAAGAGCAUGUUUCCACCUCCACAAGGCCUCACGCUGAGUAUUUAUACACACGCUUGCUCUCUGAAAAGAUCAGGAAUGGGGUCAUGGAUUACUUUUAUGUGGUGAUAUUGUAAUAUUCCAGAACCAAAGAGGCAUUUUGAAGCAGUUUGGGAGAAAAAAAAUGGCCACUGUCUGUCCUAAUGACGUCUCCUAUUUGGGUGCACUACACUACAAACGUGACCACAGUGCUUUUCUCCUUGCUGCACGUCAGUCUGCCCCUGAAGAGAGGCAGCAGUGAGAGCCAAAGCUGAGGCCCUUAUAGCUGGUGAUCUUUUUCUGUACUGGUAAAUGCACCCCGGUAACUGUUAUUUCCACUAGCAAUUCUGGACUUUGCUAAAUAAGCAGCUAACGAAUUCAAAAACGUUUUGGAGGAAAUGAAAAUAAGCUAAACCUUCUGGAAAAGAACAUCCCUUCAAGGCCCUUAUUCCAGGGUGACAACUCUCAGGAGGCCCAGAGUGCUGAUAAUACCCAAUGUGCUGGAAAAGCUGUCUGUCACUGCCUAGAUUGCCUGGCAGUAUGCCCUUCGUAAGCGCCAGUCCUUGGCUGUGUCCCAAAUGGCACCCUAUUCCCUAUUGCACUACUUUUGACCAGAGCCCAUAGGGUUAGGGUUAGGGUUAAGGUUAGGGCUUUGCUCAAAAGUAGUGCACUACAUAGGGAAUAGGGUGCCAUUGGGGAUGCACCCCUUGAAAGUGUUUUCUUCCCCUCUCACGAUGACAAAGUAAUUGUCUGAGUCAGAGAUGGAGAGGCGAGAUCUGCGUUAACAGGUUUCUGUACAGCGAAGCGCUGAGGAAUUCUGUGUGUGUGCAGAUGCAAAGAUUUGACUGUUUGUUUCUUGUGCUUAUGGAAAUGAAGGGUUAUGUGGGUCUACUUUGUAUUUGUAGGUUUAGUUUCAGUGAUAUAUUAAUUUCUGUUUUACACCGGAUAAUGAAGUCGUAUUUUUAUUUUAUUAGAUUUGUUUUGCCUCCAUUUCAGUCAGUUUUAUUGAUUGAGCCUCUAGUUUUUAACACUUAUCCUCUAGUUCUAGUAGCUUCAAAGGUUUUGCUUAUAGUUAAUCUAAGGCAGUGGUAUUCAAACCUUUUUAGCGGGGACCCCAUUUUUUCCGCCAGAAUUUCUGGGUUCCCCAUUUUUCCCCAAAGAAUUUCUCUCCACCCCACCUCAAAUCUAAUGGGGUCAUAAACACAAUCUUCAAUUCAUUGUAUUUUAAUCACUUAUCAAAAUGAAAAGAAACCAAUAAAUAAAUGUACUCAAUAAAAUUGUAUUUGAAUACCACUGAUCUAAGGCGAAGCUAUAAUAGCUCUGAGGUGAUAGUAGAGAGUGUAGACCAGUGCCCGAGUUCAGAUCAGUUUUGCUUUUUAGAUCAUAAUGAAUAAGAUUGUAUGGUCUGAUCCUAGAUCAGCACUCCUACUCAAAGACGCUUUGUGGAUAGGGGCCCAGAGCGCAGUGCAUUGUGGGAGGAGGUGAUGAUUUCUCUCAGGUGAUGGCCUAGUUGGCUAGCCGCCCACAACCUCGCAUCACUUCCUGACAGAUGAGUUCGCUCUAUCCAUAUCCUAUGAGAGAAACCCCAGAGGAGUGUCUGCGUACAAUAUAUAUAAAAUGUUAAUACAGAGACGACACAAUUCCCUGCAGAAACUCUGAUUCUACAAGGUACUUCUUUUGAAGAGAGACAGAGUAACUAUAGGAUCAGACCCCCCCCCCCGCUCUCCAUCUAUAAUCUAAUUCAUUAUGAUUUUCAAGGCUAAACUGAUCCUAUAUCAGCUGUUCUUGUCUGAGAAACAAUUCUUUAAGAUUGUGAGCAUACUAAUUUUAGUCCAGGACCAAAAUAAAGUUCUGUUCACUAUGCACUGAAUCCAUUACAUGUCUGAGGAAUAUCCGUUUUUAGACAUUUGGCUUUUGAGCCAAAUUUAGUACAAUCUGUGAAAAAUCCUCUGGAACACUUGGUCUUUAGAACUAGAUACGUUUUUCUCUCUCUCCCUCUUUCUCCCUCUCUUGCCCACACUGUACUGUGAGAUUUACAUUGUGUGAAUGGGAAAUGAGCUCCAAGUGAUUCCAGUGUUGGCCGACCAUGUCUGUGCCCAGCCAUUGUUAAUGUGAUUUGUCGCUCUGUCCAUACCAGAGCGCAGUAGUAGCUGUCGGAUGUUCGAGGGCAGGAAUACAUGAGGGUGGACUGCUGUGGAUUUCUGUGUGUGCGUCUGUGCGUGCGCCAAGCAUUAAUAGGUAAUUCGGCUAGAUCUCUAUAGUGGAGUGUUUCAGAGCACAGCACACACACUGUUUCUCAAUGAAGAAACUAAUCACAAGGAUUUCCAGAUAUAUCCUCACUGCGGUAUAACAAGGGCUACAUCUCAAAUGGCACCCUAUUCCCUAUGUAAUGCACUACUUUUGACCAGGCCCCUAUGUGCCCUGGUCAAAAGUAGUGCACUACAUAGAGAAUAGGGUGCCAUUUGGGACGUAACUAAACAUUACCAAUGAUACGCAAGGAUGGCAUGGUGGUUAUUAAGAGUCGAUGACAUUUGAAGGUCCUCUGUGGUCAACCGUGUUUAUGUAGUGUUGUCAUACUAUAGAUUAGUUGUAGCAUGUAGUCAACACGUUUGGCUAGGUAAUAAUAGUUCACUGUCAUCGCUGUCCACGAUAUUCUCGAUUGACCGUACAAUACUGUAUGCCUGACGGUGUACUGUAAUGAUUGAUGAAUACACUGUUAAAGACCAUUGUCAUGAAUCUAUCUCUGGCCCUGUAGUAUGGUGAAAGGAAUGUCCUUUGUUUCAGAGACUUUUGCCGCCCAAAAACUUCAACAUCCAACAAUGAACAUUGGGGCAAUAUAUUUCAACAUCCAAACGUGGUAUAAAGGCGUUAUAAAAAAAAUUGUAUAAAGGCGUUAUAAAGAAAACAUUGCAACUUGAAGAGCUUUUACACUGUGUAUAUCAGGCUUACAUCCUUUACCUUGGGUAGAAAAUAUCAAGGAGGAAGACAAUGUUUCCGUGAAGAUAGGAAUGUGAUUUUAGAAAGCUAACAAAAUCUAGUGAUAAUAAUACUUUUGCCUCGUAACUAGCCACACCCGAGGGAGCUCAGAGAGCGUGCAUAAAAGACUUAGAUAAGAAUUAUCAGAUCAGACUAGACAGACCUCAAGCUGCAGCUGUUUUCUAUAUUGGUCCCGACCCUGAAAAUCAACACGAGGUGAAGACGACAAAGUUGCCUCCACUAACAAUCAAUGUUACGGCUGAGUAGCUGUUCUAAGUACUGUAUCUAAGACGGUGAAUUUAAGUGGGACCAUCCUGUUACUCUCUUCAAACCAUCGUCUACUACACUGCUCUCAUCACCCCACAGGGGAUCAUCAACACGGCUAAUUAGCCGUCCUCAGAAGACCACUUCCAGAACGAGUGAAAGUAAACAGACGACUAAGAAGAAGGACAUUGUGACCUCUUGUGGACAAUCUGAGCCUUACAUCUGAAUCUUACAUCUAAAAGGCCAUCCGAAAAGAGAAGGCCCAAUCGACCCUUCCCACAAAGGCCUGGGUCCAACAGAGACGACGAAGACAAACACGUAAAUACAUGCAUUACUUCUUACCAAACAGGCGGCAGUACUUGGCAAAUUAUUAGGAUUACUAUGAGUAUAGGUCCAUGUGUAUCCAAGUGUUUUCUCUCGCUCUCUCUCUCUUUAAAUCGCCAUCUUUUGUAACAAGUGUCAUAUUGUGUUAGUCCGCUGGGGACCCAUUUUCAUUGUGUUAAGUUUCUAAUCCCUACCUAUACCGUGUAUGUGUUUGUAUCUUGUGUUAUCAUUUUUAAUUAGUUAGUAAAUAAAUAAUUAAAUCAAUUUGUGUGGUACGGAAUGAUCAGUAAGACCCGGGUUCGUGCAGACUUAAAGAGCCUACGACUUUCAGAAUGAGACUGAUAUGAGGUAAAUGAUUAAUAAAUGACUGUUAAAUGAUAAGAGAUAUCUAUAUAUCUUUAGAGUUAAUUUGGGAAACGGUAACUCGUUAAACAACUUUUCCCGUGGUGCCCCAAAUUCCUAAUGAGUUAAUUGUUACAUGAUUAAUUUAAUCUAGUAACAAUUAAACAUAGUUGGUAAUUAUUCGAUAAAUAAUAGUCAUCACAACAAUGAAAGUCAUGUCACGACACCAUUAACCAUAUAGGUUAGUAGUUCACCUCUGUUUUAAAGUGUGGUGUGUGUGUGAACUAGGGUUGAAUGGCGGGAACCCGGUUACUGAGAUUUACCGGGAUUUGACGCCCAAAACCCACUCCCUUUUCCCGGGAUAAAUAACUGAGAGAAACUGGUAAAUUAUAAUAAAUUAUUUAUAUGAGAAGUGUGAAAUUGAACUGUUAAUUAAAUGCGGUCUAAAUCUGGCUUCUCUACGGCCUCUGUAUGAUGAGUCAAGGCUCAGGGUGGGGACAAAACAUCUCAGUAUGGAGUGCAGUUCACAAUGCAUGUAGUCCGAUCAUCUCAUAAUGGAAACGUUUUUUUCUUGUGACAGGUAGGCCUACAUUUGCUGCAGCACAGCCUAUGCUACAGUAAUAUAAAUACCGAAAGUCAAAUCUAAUUUACCCAUCUCCAUCUGGCUUUCAGGGUCACCUUGUUUUUUUAUUUUUAUUAUAAAGAUUUUUUGGGGGUCUGCAAUUUUAAAACAGCCUAUCACUCGAAUAUCAUUGCUUUAAAUCAGUGCACGCGCGAGCACUCUCUCACAGUCUUUCUCUCUCCAUCAACUCCAUUCAAAUUGCAUUCAAAAUAGAUAAUCCUGUUCUACAUUGAUAUACUGUAUAGCCCUAUAUAUAGAUGUCCUAGCCUACCUCUUUCAGGUAAUACAUUAAAUGCAGUAUUAGCCUUUAUAUUUAGCAAAUGAAUGAUGGGUUAUGCAUAAUAAGCUUCUAACUUAUAGCCUCUGUCUCUUGCACAAGACACAAGCACCUGUGCUCCGCUAGCCUCUCCUUAAAAAACACUCCUUAGCUCUUGGAGUCCCAUGCAGGAAAAUCUAGACUAGAAGAGCUUGCUGGACAAUAUUUUUUGUUGUUGUUGCAUUUCUUAUAGCCUACCAAUAGACUAUUCGAAGAGGGACGCAAGCUUUUUUUUGCUAAAUGUUAAAUACAGCAACCAAUAGAACUCAUGGGUAGUUUGAAAGAGCGAACACUCGAUUGCGGUAGGCUAUAGCGGUAGGCUAUAGCGGUAGGCUAUAACGAGUUCAAACAGGUGCAGUUAAUACAGGUAAUGAGUGGAGAACAGGAGGGCUUCUUAAAGAAAAACUAACAGGUCUGUGAAAGCCGGAAUUCUUACUGGUUGGUAAGGUGAUCAAAUACUUAUGUCAUGCAAUAAAAUGCUAAUUAAUUACUUAAAAAUCAUACAAUGUGAUUUUCUGGAUUUUUGUUUUAGAUUCCGUCUCUCACAGUUGAAGUGUACCUAUGAUAGAAAUUACAGACCUCUACAUGCUUUGUAAGUAGGAAAACCUGCAAAAUCGGCAGUGUAUCAAAUACUUGUUCUCCCCACUGUACAUGUCAGCCUACUAAUUAUACAAAUAUUUCAAAAUUAAAAUCAAAUUCGCUAGCCUAUACUUGUAACUUUGUAGGCUGCAUGUGCUGCACCAGAAUCGCCUGUUCUCUUCUGCUUUAUCAUGGUUUGAACGAUAUGCGUAAUUUCAGUCCAUAUAAUACAGUACAGUAAUACAGUUCACACUAAAAAAAGAUUAGCCUACUGGAGCUAGUUUCAUUUAUUUACCCAAGAGGGCAUUCGUGACCGACCGACUCAAUUCGGUCUUAUGUAGCAAAAUUUGAAAUUGUGUUUUUUACAUUGGAUAAAAGUAGAGACUCAGAGCUAGAAAAUUGUAUAUCAUACACUACCGUUGAGGAACAAUGGGAAAUUAAUUCUGCUUUGAAAGUUGAUAAACUUGUUGUCAUUAUGAAAAAGUAUAAACACAAAAACUACAGGUGGCAUGACAUGACAGCAGACUGGUGGUCCAAAAUAGCAUAACAGGUGUAUUUUAACACCAAUAAACCCACCCGUUUAAAAAUUAUAUAGUAUAUGUCAAUCUAGCAAACCAGGCAACUAAAAGCAACUUUCUAAACAAUGUUUUGGUUCGUUUCUAGCUUGUUAGCUAGCUAGCUAAUGUUAAGUUAGCUGUCUAGCCAGUUCAAAUAAUGACAAUAUCAUAUAGCAGACACCAUCUUCACUUUAGCUCAUUUGUAUUCAUUAUUACACGAAAAUAAACUCACAACAAGAUCAUUAUUGGCACGCCCUGGCCUUGAGAGCCCGGUUUUCUUUAGUUGGUUUGGUCAGGGUGUGAAUUUCUAUGUGUAAGAUCUAGAUAUUGUAGAUCUAUGUUGGCUGGGUGUGGUUCCCAAUCAGAGGCAGCUGUCGAUCGUUGUCUCUGAUUGGGGAUCAUACUUAGGCAGCCAUGUUGCCUAGCUAUGUUGUGGGAUCUUGUUUCUGUUUGUUUGGCUUGUUUUAUGUUAGCCUUUAGAACUUCACGUUACUUUUGUUGUUUUGUUUGGUGUUUAUUCAAUAAACGAACAUGUACGCAUACCACGCUGCACCUUGGUCCAAUCCUGUACUCAACGAACGUGACAAUUAUUUACAAGUUAAUGGUGAUCCAAUUACUGAAAAUAGCUUACGGUUGUGAGUGUGACGAAAUAAAAGCAGGGCAUUCUACCGGCGAAUUUUAGAACUUGGACACGUUGACCUAACGUUAUAUCCUAAUUUGACUUUGGUGCAGGUCAUGUUGUUCUUCACAUUACAGUCUCUGGUAAACACAUACUAUUUCAAAUAAAAUCAAAGUUUAUUUGUCACAUGCACAGGAUACAGAAGGUGUAAACGGUACAGUGAAAUGGUUACUUGCAUAGUGGAGUCUUUUGUUUAGACAUCAGCUAGCUAGAUAAACAAUGAACCAUAAUCCAACUCAUAACGUUACUACCCUGCAUGAAUCUGCAGGUAGCUAAAGCUAACCAACUAGGUUCAACGUUAGCUAGCUAGCUAUAACUAGCAAUGCAAAUGGCUCUGAGAUAUGAAUAAUAUUACUACACAGAUCAUACACAUAAUGUUAGCUAGCGGGCCAGCCAGCUAAUGUUAGCUAUCCAGCUAACAGUAUGCUUUACCUUGCAAUGAAAACGACUUUCUGACAGAAUUAGAAACGUAUAAUAUCUGAAAAUGUAGCUAGCUAGACCCUCUUGCUUCUCCCUCUAUGUCACAGAUGCCAUGGUUGCCCUUAGUUUGAAGAUGUAAUCUGGAGACAGGUGUUUUAUACAACAGCCUUUUGUGUGUUCUCUUUUCGAAUCCCUCUGCAUAUUUGCAAUCAAACGCCAGAAUUUUCCCCAUCUCCUUAGCUAUCAUACCCUGCUUUCAUCGGGCAUUCCACUGAUUUCAAAACUCUGUCCUCCAGAAAGUGGAGAGCAACACUUUUGAAGUUCUAUUACAUGAUAUCUUUCAAAAAAGCGGUGUUAGAUAGGAUAUCCUACACGUACUGACCAGCUCAUGUUAUAGACAGAAGCGUGCUACUUGGCAGACCAAUCCGAACUCCGAACUCGGCAUGUCCAGCCCAUCCAUUAUCUUAGCCAAUCAUGGCUAGUGGGAAGGUUCCUGUCUUUUUCUGUGGCUAAACCAACUAGGCUCGUAAUUUAACAAUUGUAUUCAUAUUUACAAAUGGCAUACAACUUUGUUAUUAAGGCACAUGAAAGUUCACUUGUUCCAGAAGACAUUUCUGCCAAAAAAUGCAUUUUGAUAAAACAUUUAAUGUUUACGUUCAAAUGCCUCUCCUGUGAAUUAGUGACGUGCGACAUACACCUAGUUUCCUGAAACGAGUCACAUAUAGCUAGCUACAUCAAUGAGGUUUUCUGUUUUUCUGUUGUGCGUAAUGUGCAGUAGCCUAUAUGAUUUACAGUGCAUUCGGAAAGUAUUCAUACCCCUUCACUCUUUCCACAUUUAGUUAUGUUACAGCCUUAUUCUAAAAUUGAUUAAAUUGUUUCCGCCCCCCCCCCAUCCGUCUACACACAAUACCCCAUAAUGACAAAGCAAAAAUAGGUUUUUAGAAUUUUUUGCUAAUUUAUUAAAAAUAAAAAACGGAUAACAUUUGCAAAAGUGUUCAGACCCUUUACUCAGUACUUUGUUGAAGCACCUUUGGCAGCGAUUAUAGCCUCGAGUCUUCUUGGGUAUGACGCUACAAGCUUGGCACACCUGUAUUUGGGGAGUUUCUCCCAAUCUCUGUCAGGUUGGAUGGGAAGCGUCGCUGCACAACUAUUUUCAGGUCUCUCCAGAGAUGUUUCGAUCGGGUUUAAGUCCUGCGUCUGGCUGGGCCACUCAAGGAUGUUCAGAGACUUGUCCCGAAGCCACUCCUGCGUUGUCUUGGUUGUGUGCUUAGGGUCGUUGUCCUGUUGGAAGGUGAACCUUCGCCCCAGUCUGAGGUCCUGAGUGCUCUGGAGCAGGUUUUCAUCAAGGAUCUCUCUGUAUUUUGCUCUGUUCAUCUUUCCCUCGAUCCUGACUAGCCUCCCAGUCCCUGCCGCUGAAAAACAUUCCCACAGCAUGAUGCUGCCACCACCAUGCUUCACCAUAGGGAUGGUAUUGGCCAGGUGAUGAGUGGUGUCUGGUUUCCUCCAGACGUGACGCUUGUCAUUCAGGCCAAAGAGUUCAAUGUUGGUUUCACCAGACCAGAGAAUCUUGUUUAUCAUGGAGUGAGAGUCCUUUAGGUCCCUUUUGGCUAACUCCGAGCGGGCUGUCAUGUGCCUUUUACUGAGGAGUGGCUUCCGUCUGGCCAUACUACCAUAAAGGCCUGAUUGGUGGAGUGCUGCAGAGAUGGUUGUCCUUCUGGAAGGUUCUCCCAUCUCUACAGAGGAACUCUGGAGCUCUGUCAGAGUGACCAUUGGGUUCUUGGUCACCUCCCUGACCAAGGCCCUUCUCCCCCGAUUGCUCAGUUUGGCCGGGCGGCCAGCUCUAGGAGGAGUCUUGGUGGUUCCAAACUUCUUCCAUUUAAGAAUGAUGGAGACCACUGUGUUCUUGGGGACCUUCAAUACUGCAGACAUUUUUUGGUACACUUCCCCAGAUCUUUGCCUCGACACAAUCCUGUCUCGGAGCUCUACGGACAAUUCCUUCAACCUCAUGGCUUGGUUUUUGCUCUGACAUGCACUGUCAACUGUGGGACCUUAUAUAGACAGGUGUGUGCCUUUCCAAAUCAUGUCCAAUCAAUUGAAUUUACCACAGGUGGACUCCAAUCAAGUUUUAGAAACAUCUCAAGGAUGAUGAAUGGAAACAGGAUGCACCUGAGCUCAAUUUCAAGUCUCAUAGCAAACGGUCUGAAUACUUAUGUAAAAAAGGUAUUUCUGUUUUGCAAAAAUGUCUAAAAACCUGUUUUCGCUUUGUCAUUAUGAGGUAUUGUGUGUAGAUUGAUGAGGGAAAAAAUUCAUUUAAUCAAUUUUAGAAUAAGGCUGUAACGUAACAAAAUGUGGAAAAAGUGAAGGUCUGAAUACUUUCCGACUGCACUGUAUGUAUUGGAUAAUGGCUUUUUUGGGCUCGAACUUCCACUCCUGUCCACAUUAUUAGGCAUGCCCAUAUGUUUAUUGAUAUUGAGUGCAAGGAUUGCUAACCUGGGCCUGUGUUCAUAAAGCGUCUCAGAGUAGGAGUGCUGAUCUAGGAUCAGGUCCCCUCCUGUCCAUGUAAUCUUAUUCAUUAUUACCUAAAAGGCGAAACUGAUCCUAGAUCAGCACAUGUGAUGAAUAUGGGCCCUGAGGCUUGAAAGAGAGAUGUUCCGGUCAAAGUACAGACAAAAGGGCUCAUCUCCAAAGAACACCAUUCUGUCCUUGCCCUCCACGGUGUGUGUGUUCAGUCUACAGAGCUGUGUGUGUGGAGUCGCAUCCUCUCCCAGGUUUCUCAAUGACACUUUUGUGUAUACACACAAAACCCCCCCACCACCACACACACAAACACACACACACACACACACACAGUUUGUCUCUCUCGCCAGUACGUCUCUCUCAAGUUGUCGUUAUACACACACACACACACACGGUCAUGUCUGCUCUGUGUGACCCUGUGCUGCUGUCUCUGUUUCUCACCAGGCCGGGCGGCCGCAUGUCCAACCCUCAGCAAGCCGACCUGCGGCCCUCCAGCACCGUCAGCGAGGCUUCUACCGCUGUAACCACCUCCACCGUGGACACCACCUCGGGGUCAAAGGUCAGUCCCAAAACGUUAUUGAUUUAUUCUCUCCCAACCCUCUUCAAUUUGACAUGACGUUUUGAAAUUACGUUAUCUUUUUGAAGCACAAACGAUACAGAGCAUUUCUGUUUUCAUUUCUGUGCUGGCCUUCCUAUAUUAUACCUAUGCUAAAAUGUUUAUUCUAUUCUACUGAGCCAUUUACUUGUCUUUUAUUAUUUGUUAUUGUAGCAUUGUCGAGAAGGAACCAGCAAGUAAGCAUUUCGUUGGACAAUGUAUACCAUGUGUAUCCCAUAUAUACGACUAAUAAAACUUGAAACUUGGGUGGAAAUUAAAUUGAAUAUAGCUACCGCUGCUACGGUCUCACCAAGUUACAAACCAGUUUGUGAAGUGUGUAUAGUAGGUUUGGGCGAUAUUACGAUAGCAUCGUCUAUCGACGAUGAUUGACAGCCGGCGUCGAUGGUGACGACAUCGUGAUGUGACAGACGAUGGAUGGUUUAGCCUAUUUGAACUUGACUGGCGCCACGCAGUAAAGAAUGGAGUCUCGCAGCGCACAGCCGGGCAGCACACAAGUGACAUUCCGAGGAAUUAGCCUAUUUCUAUUUGCUAUUGCCUGUUUCAAUAAAUAUGGUAUAUACAGAACGCAAGAGGGGAAUGUAGGCCAGACAGAGUGGAGAAUUCUGACAAAGUAGUGCAAAAUGUCCAGGCAGAAAAUAUUGUUUCUCUCUGUCGGAUGCAUGGGCCUUAAGCUAUACAGUGGCUUGCGAAAAUAUUCACCCCCCUUGGCACUUUUCCUAUUUUGUUGCCUUACAACCUGGAAUUAAAAUAGAUUUUUGGGGGGGUUUGUAUCAUUUGAUUUUCACAACAUGCCUACCACUUUGAAGAUGCUAAAUAUGUUUAUAUUGUGAAACAAACAAGAAAUAAGACAAAAACACAGAAAACUUGAGCGUGCGUAACUAUUCACCCCCCCCAAAGUCAAUACUUUGUAGAGCCACCAUUUGCAGCAAUUACAGCUGCAAGUCUCUUGGGGUAUGUCUCUAUAAGCUUGGCACGUCUAGCCACUGGGAUUUUUGCCCAUUCUUCAAGGCAAAACUGCUCCAGCUCCUUAAAGUUGGAUGGGUUCCGCUGGUGUACAGCAAUCUUUAAGUCAUACCACAGAUUCUCAAUUGGAUUGAGGUCUGGGCUUUGACUAGGCCAUUCCAAGACAUUUAAAUGUUUCCCCUUAAACCACUCGAGUGUUGCUUUAGCAGUAUGCUUAGGGUCAUUGUCCUGCUGGAAGGUGAACCUCCGUCCCAGUCUCAAAUCUCUGGAAGACUGAAACAGGUUUCCCUCAAGAAUGUCCCUGUAUUUAGCGCCAUCCAUCAUUCCUUCAAUUCUGACCAGUUUCCCAGUCCCUGCUGAUGAAAAACAUCCCCACAGCAUAAUGCUGCCACCACCAUGCUUCUCUGUGGGGAUGGUGUUCUCGGGGUGAUGAGAGGUGUUGGGUUUGCGCCAGACAUAGCGUUUUACUUGAUGGCCAAAAAGCUCAAUUUUAGUCUAAUCUGACUAGAAUACCUUUUUCCAUAUGUUUGGGGAGUCUCCCACAUGGCUUUUGGCGAACACCAAACGUGUUUGCUUAUUUUUUUCUUUAAGCAAUUGCAUUUUCCUGCCCACUCUUCCGUAAAGCCCAGCUCUGUGGAGUGUACGGCUUAAAGUGGUCCUAUGGACAGAUACUCCAAUCUCCGCUGUGGAGCUUUGCAGCUCCUUCAGGGUUAUCUUUGGUCUCUUUGUUUCCUUUCUGAUUAAUGCCCUCCUUGCCUGGUCCGUGAGUUUUGGUGGGCGGCCCUCUUUUGGCAGGUUUGUUGUGGUGCCAUAUUCUUUCCAUUUUUUAAUAAUGGAUUUAAUGGUGCUCCGUGGGAUGUUCAAAGUUUCUGAUAUUUUUUUAUAACCCAACCCUGAUCUGUACUUCUCCACAACUUUGUCCCUGACCUGUUUGGAGAGCUCCUUGGUCUUCAUGGUGCCGCUUGCUUGGUGUUGCAGACUCUGGGGCCUUUCAGAACAGGUCUGUAUAUAUACUGAGAUCAUGUGACAGAUCAUGUGACACUUAGAUUGCACACAGGUGGACUUUAUUUAACUAAUUAUGUGACUUCUGAAGGUAAUUGGUUGCACCAGAUCUUAUUUAGGGGCUUCAUAGCAAAGGGGGUGAAAACAGAUGUACGCACCACUUUUCCGUUAUUUAUUUUUUAGAUAUUUUUGAAACAAGUUAUUUUUUUCAUUUCACUUCACCAAUUUGGACUAUUUUGUGUAUGUCCAUUACAUGAAAUCCAAAUAAAAAUCCAUUUAAAUAAAGGGGGUUGAAUACUUUUGCAAGGCACUGUAGCCUAAACCUAUUCUUUUUUAAAAUAACUGACACUCCUUAACUAUCUUACAUUUUUACAUUUUACAUUUUAGUCAUUUAGCAGACGCUCUUAUCCAGAGCGACUUACAGUUAGUGAGUGCAUACAUUCUUUAAAAAAAAUAAAAAAUCAUACUGGCCCCCCGUGGGAAUCGAACCCACAACCCUGGCGUUGCAAACGCCAUGCUCUACCAACUGAGCUACAUCCCUGCCAGCCAUUCCCUCCCCUUGUGUCUAGCUAUUUUAAAAAAACAUAGCCUAUAUUCCCUUGUCUCUCCAUUCGAUAGGCUAUGAAUGACUUUGGGCAAAGGCUACUCUUUCAUAUUUUUAUGCAUGACUUUCUCCCGAUCAAAUAAUGAAUGUAACGGAGUUCCAUCUCAAAAAGCUGUUUGAAAAACCUAAAAACUUAAGGUAGCCAGGGGACUAAUAAUGAGCGAGAACAAUCAAUAUCAAUAGCUUAUAGAAAAAUUGAAUUAUCAAGUUUUUAAGCUUAUUAAGAAAGAAAUGAUCCAUGCGGGCCGCUGGGAAAAUCCAUCCAUGUGAGUUUGAAAACCAAAUGGCCAAUAACCUAUUAUCCUACCAUAAAAGCUUUAAGAUAAGUUAAAGUUACGAACAGUAGCGUAUUUCCGCUUUGAAAAAUAAAAAUAAUGAAAGUCUAUAGCCUAAGCCUUUUCUCAAUCAUAGCUUUAUGAGAGAUAUAACAAACAAUAUUAUUUAUUCACUAUUAUAUUAUGAGGCAAAUAAAGCAAUUAUUAUCCAUUUCUGAAGAUGGUAGACUGCUUCUAUCUAGCCCAUCAUUUAUAACCUAAUUCACUACACUAAGACCGUUCCUCAUCAGACUGUCACUGCCUCAUCAUGUGCGCGCUACACACACACACACACAAAGCUGUUGUUCCAUGCUGAAGAUCCUUCACCAGAAAAUAAUAUUAGAAAAGAUGUGCCUGCACUAAGCCUCUGCCCAGGCUUUCAACAACAAUGUCAUGAUUUGUCUAGUUGUAGUAUUUGAUUUCGAGCUAUAGCCCAAUGGUUGUUUUAGCUUUUAUAGUUCCUAAUUUUACCAAAAAGUCACUGAUCAUUACUGUCUGGACAGCGUUUCCACGGACCACUGAACAUUCUCAGGCCAUUCUCAUGCACCUAGCCCCCCUGGGUUCACUAAGGCUGCGUCACAAAUGGCACCCUAUUCCCUAUAUAGUGCACUACUUUCGACCAGCUCUGGUCAAAGUAAGUGCACUAUAUAGGUAGAGCCCAACCGAUAUGGGAUUUUAGGGAGGCAAAAGUCACCGAUUACUGAUAUAUAUAUAUAUCUGCUGAUCCUUGUACUCCAAAGGAUGAGCAGAUACUCUAAAUUAUGAUUUGUUAACAAAAUAUAUAAAAACAUAUUUUAAGAACAUUUAUUCUGUGGUUUACAGGAUAUCCACCAAAAAGCAACUAUAUCCUCUAUAAAUACGACAGUAAAACUUGUUUAGUUUACCUUCUAAGGUACAACUUAAAGAUGUGUAUCUAUGGCAGUGGAUAAAAAUACACUGGCUGUGGCAAGCUACUCACCGUCAAACCAACAUGCCUACUCUCUCUCACAUUGUGACCUAGGGCUGAAUCAUGUUCAAUGAGCAGCUCGUAGAGCACCCUCUUCAGAAAACCGCAAAUAAGCAUACGUAUUUGUUUAUUCUAUGUCUAUAAUAUCUGUGGAAUAAAGGCCGAUACAAAUAUUUCUGUGAAAGGCUAACAUCUGCCGAUAAUAUCAGUCAACCGAUUGGUCGGACUCUAUAUAUAGGGGAAAGUAAUUUACACUGACAUUAGGUGAUGAUGAAUGGCUAGGGUGGCUGCUCUCACACACCUGUGUCCAAGCCCCCAGACAGUGGUGAGGAGGGGGGCUUCUGUCUGACCGUAGGAGGCUGGUUUAAUUAAUGUUGCAGACUCCAGAGGGGGAAAGUUAGACGUGUGGAUCUGGACGGAAUUAGACGUGGACUGCGCCUGUUUCUUUAUGGAAUUGUGCAGGUGGAGGGUGAAUGUGACAGGGUCAGAGUGUUUGUGUGUAAAAUGUGUGUGCGUGCUUGUUUGUGUGUCAGGUGUGUGUGACGAGUGACAAGAGGUGUGUGUGUGUGGCUCAACGUAAUAUGCUCAGGGCCUUCUCUCCAGGCUCUACUGUGACCCCAGCAGAACAGUCAAGCCCAUUUCAAGCCGCAGGUGGGAUACACCUGAUACUCACCCCCUGACCCCUUUAUAACUUGAAAGGGGAUUCACUACCUAACUUUCACUUUGAAGACUGGUCUUAGUGGCAUAACUUCCCCAUAUUCCUUUAAGGCUUUUACGCAAAGCCAAGUGAACAGGCUACUGUAGCAACAGCAUGAUAUGAGCUCUUUUUCAUUCCUUUCUCUCUCUCGCUUUCUCUCGCUCUCUCUCCUUUGCUCCAUAUCUCCCUCUCUUUGGCAGAGGACGGGAGAGCACACACUCACACCGCUUCUCUCUCUUAGACACACACACACCACUAAACAGAGGUAAAUCAUGUCCAUCCCAUUAACAGGUGACCCCAGAUUAUGAUUGAAUGUGGCACACAGGAAGACGAUAGGGCAUCCAUCACACUGGGACUCAUCAGUUACCAUGGUGAGAGACCACAGCUUUUCACCACCAUAACCCUAUUCCCUUUUAUAGUGCAGUACAAAAGUAGUGCACUAUAUAGGGAAUAGGGUGCCAUUUGGGAUGCAGGCCAGGUGAUCCCACUCAUUCCCUCUCUCCCUCUAUAAGGAAUCACGCAAUAUCCUUUGCUUUACUUUCUUCUGCAUUCAUGAAAAUAAGCACCAAUAUGUCUGUGCUAGAUGGUUCCCAAAUUAUGUUGCCUUAUUUGAAGUCUUUGUCGAAGAGAUGUCUUCUCUUCAAGGUAGUAAAUUGCCGACAAAUACAUACUGAAACAGGAUGAUAGAAUUAUGGCUGUAAAGAGUAUGUAGCAUGUACAGUGCAUUCGGAAAGUAUUCAGACCCCUUCCCUUUUUCCACAUUUUGUUACGUUACAGCCUUAUUCUAAAAAUGGAUAAAAGAAAAACGAUUCCUCAUCAAUCUACACACAAUACCCCAUAAUGACGUAGCGAAAACAGGCUUUUAGACAUUUUUGCAAAUGUAUUAGAAAUACAAAACAGAUACCUUAUUUACAUAAGUAUUCAGACCCUUUGCUAUGAGACUCGAAAUUGAGCUCAGGUGCAUCCUGUUUCCAUUGAUCAUCCUUGAGAUGUUUCUACAACUUGAUUGGAGUCCACCUGUGGUAAAUUCAAUUGAUUGGACAUGAUUAGGAAAGGCACACACCUGUCUAUAUAAGGUUCCACAGUUGACAGUGCAUGUCAGAGCAAAAACCAAGCCAUGAGGUCGAAAUAAUUGUCCGUAGAGCUCCAAGGACAGGAUUGUGUCGAGGCACAGAUCUGGGGAAGUGUACCAAAAAAUGUCUGCAGCAUUGAAUGUCCCGAAGAACACAGUGGCCUUCAUCAUUGUUAAAUGGAAGAAGUUUGGAACCACCAAGACUCUUCCUAGAGCUGGCCACCCUGCCAAACUGAGCAAUCAGGGGAGAAGGGCCUUGGUCAGGGAGGUGACCAAGAAUCCGAUGGUCACUCUGACAGAGCUCCAGAGUUCCUCUGUGGAGAUGGGAGAACCUUCCAGAAGGACAACCGUCUCUGCAGCACUCCACCAAUCAGGCCUUUAUGGUAGAGUGGUCAGACGGAAGCCACUUCUCAGUAAAAGGCGCAUGACAGCCCACUUGGAGUUUGCCAAAAGGCACCUAAAGGACUCUCAGACCAUGAUUCUCUGGUCUGAUGAAACCAAGAUUGAACUCCUUGGCCUGAAUGCCAAGCGUCAUGUCUGGAGGAAACCUGGCACCAUCCCCACCUUCCAACAGGACAACAACCCUAAGCACACAGCCAAGACCAUGCAGGAGUGGCUUCGGGACAAGUCUCUGAAUGUUCUUGAGUGGCCCAGCCACAGCCAGAGCCCGGAAAAUAGCUGUGCAGCGAUGCUCCCCAUCCAACCUGACAGAGCUUGAGAGGAUAUGCAGAGAAGAAUGGGAGAAACUCCCCAAAUACAGGUGUGCCAAGCUUGUAGCAUCAUACCCAAGAAGACUCGAGGCUGUAAUCGCUGCCAAAGGUGCUUCAACAAAGUACUGAGUAAAGGGUCUACGCUACCAUUCAAAAGUUUGGAGUCACUUAGAAAUGUCCUUGCUUUCGAAAGAAAAUAAGUUUUUUUGUCCAUUACAAUAACAUCAAAUUGAUCAGAAAUACAGUGUAGACAUUGUUAAUGUUUUAAAUGGCUAUUGUAGCUGGAAAGGACUAAAAAAAGGAAUAUCUACAUAGGCAUACAGAGGCCCAUUGUCAGCAACCAUCAGUCCUGUGUUCCAAUGGCACAUUGUGUUUGCUAAUCCAAGUUUAUCAUUUUAAAAGAUUAAUUGAUCAUUAGAAAACCCUUUUGCAAUUAUGUUAGCACAGCUGAAAACUGUUGUGCUGAUUAAAGAAGCAAUAAAACUGGCCUUCUUGAGACUAGUUGAGUAUCUGGAGCAUCAGCAAUUGUGGGUUCGAUUACAGGCUCAAAAUGGCCAGAAACAAAUAACAUUCUUCUGAAACUCAUCAGUCUAUUCUUGUUCUGAGAAAUGAAGGCUAUUCCAUGCGAGAAAUUGCCAAGAAACUGAAGAUCUCGUACAACGCUGUGUACUACUCCCUUCACAGAACAUCGCAAACUGGCUCUAACCAGAAUAGAAAGAGGAGUGGGAGGCCCCGGUGCACAACUGAGCAAGAGGACAAAUACAUUAGUGUCUAAUUGGAGAAACAGACGCCUCACGGGUACUCAACUGGCAGCUUCAUUAAAUAGUACCCUGCAAAACACCAGUCUCAACGUAAACAGUGAAGAGGCGACUCCGGGAUGCUGACCUUCUAGGCAGAGUUGCAAAGAAAAAGCCAUAUCGCAGACUGGCCAAUAAAAAUAAAAGAUUAAGAUGGGCAGUCCGAGAUAUGGCUUUUUAUUUUUUAUUUGUAAUACAUUUGCGAAAUGUUCUGUUUUUGCUUUGUCGUUAUGGGGUAUUGUGUGUUGAUUGAGGGGGGGGAAAACAAUUUAAUCAAUUUUAGAAUAAGGCUGUAACAUAUCAAAAUGUGGAAAAAGUGAAGGGGUCUGAAUACUUUCUGAAUGUACUGUAUAUGGCCUUUCACUGACAAAAGCUGAAUCUUACAUUAGAGACCCUAUUGUAUGGUGGAUAUAAGUGCCAACAAAUUACAUUUCUGUUUGCCUAAUAUCACUCCAUAUUUCCACGAAUUUACCAGGCCUUAAAAUAGACUACAAUAAACCACGUAGACAAGUGAAUCUGUUAUGACAGCUCUUCCGCCAUUUAGUGUCUACCUUCCACGCUUGGUCAGCAGCGGUUCUUAUAAUCGUAUAAUUAGCCACUUUUUUCCUUCCCACCAGCUGUAGAGCUGUAGCGCCAGCGUCCCCGAGCUUCCGACAACGCCGCUAAAGCACAUGUAGCCGUCACACCCCGCCAGUUAAACGAAACCCUCUCCGCCGUAACACCCUGCUCAGGUUUUGGAUAGAAAUGAUGGGAGUGAUUUUGUGUAUGUGUGUGGGAGGUGAUGUGUGUAGGGUACAGGAUACGUCACGGCCUGUAGUGUACUAUCUAUAUAUAUAUACACACACACAGCUUGCCUCAUGUCACAUCACUGACAUGCCAGGGGAGUUGAGUGGGGCUUUGCUAGGUGAUUUGUGAUGUUAAUGGGCUUGUUUAAUGCUGCAAUUAAGGUACUGGAAUUGCAAGUGUUACGGUUCAGCGAAGGGGAAGGAGAGCGAACACAUGAUGUCGAGCGCUGACGUCAGAGGUGUCGGUCAAUGAUGGUCCCACCCCCCCCCCACACGCACAUGUCGUAUCCGGUCCAUGCUGCAUAAAUGAUACACUUCGCUCUCUUUUCUUCAAUGGCUCAUUACAGCACUAAGCAGUAGGUUGUAAUUCAGGUCAUAGGGACACACAUGCAUGCACACACACACCUCCACAGAGGUAAAUCACGUCCACCCCAUGAACAGAUGGACCCAGACUAUAUUUGAAUGUGGCACACAAGGACAUCCUAUUAAUGCUUUGGUGUGUAUAUGAAAGCAUUUUUGGAACUUUAAGCGUGUGAAUUGCUGACCGUCUGUCUGUCUGUGUUUAUAUGUACUGUAUGACUUGUGGCUGGUGCGGGUGAUCGGGCUGACCCCAUUUGGUCGACCAAGAUUUCUUUACUCAAGCAGUCACAAUUUUUGUAAAAUGUUUUAUGGUGCACAAGACAGCUGUCUGAUUUGUGCCUGUCUCAGUGGACUAAUCCAUUGUGGAGGCCACAGGGAUGGCACAGUCCAUCACUCUAAGACAUGAGACUGAAAUUGUAUAUGGUUAUAUUAUGUCAAAAUAAUGGUGCAACACUAAUAAGUCUAAUAUUACUUUAAAUCAAAUCAAAUUGUUUUGGUCACAUACACAUAUUUAGCAGAUGUUAUUGCGGGUGUAGCGAAAUGCAUGUGUUCCUAGCUCCAACAGUGCAGUAGUAUCUAACAAUUCACAACAAUACACACAAAAGUAAAAGAAUGGAAUUAAGAAAUAUAUAAUAUUAGGAUGAGCAAUGUCGGAGUGGCAUUGACUAAAAUACAGUAGAAUACAGUAUAUACAUAUGAAAUGAGUAAAGCAGUAUGUAAACAUUAUUCAAGUGACUAGUGAUUCCAUGUCUAUGUACAUAGGGCAGCAGCCUUUAAGGUGCAGGGUUGAGUAACCGGGUGGUAGCCAGCUAGUGAUGGCUAUUUAACAGUCUGAUGGCCUUGAGAUAGAAGCUGUUUUUCAGUCUCUCGGUCACAGCUUUGAUGCACCUGCACUGACCUCGCCUUCUGGAUGAUAGCGGGGUGAACAGGCCGUGGUUCGGGUGGUUGAUGUCCUUGAUUAUCUUUUUGGCCUUCCUGUGACAUCGGGUGCUGUAGGUCUCCCACAUUGGAUACGGUCGCUGCCCACCGGUUCUGAAACAUAAUCAGUGCACCGUAGAAUUGGCACCUUUCCCUAUGUUGCUAUGUGAAUAAUAGCAAAGUUAACCAGCAUAUUGAGAUUGAGAACAAUGCGGCGGAGGCAGCAGCAGUAGAGACGAAGAAACAGCCUUUGCCCUAGCCUAAUUGUGUAAGAAAAUUGAGGAGAGAGGAAAUUAGGUCUAUAAUCAAUAGCCGAACUGUUAAAUGUGCCUGGCUUUAUAAAUCAUCAAUGUAUCUACAGAAAUAAGACAGAUCCUGCUUCUGUUGCCUGUUUGAGUGUUUGUUUAAUCACCAAGUCUCAUGCAACGGCAAAAUGUCGGAUAAAGCAAUUUCACAGAUUCAGCAGUUUUUCAUCUUUGCUAUGCUGUAAUAAAGGCUUUACAAAAGAAAAUCUUUACCAUUGAUUUAUUUUGAACAAACUGGUGUUAAUGAUAAUUUAUUUAGUGUUGUUUACAAUGUUCCUAACAGGCAGAAAAAUUAUAUUGUAAUCUAACAGUGACUGUUUGUCACACAUAAUAUGCACCAACCCUCCCUCCUAUACCCUCCUUUUUAAAAAUCUCCUUAUUGUUAUCAUUAUAAUAAUACGUAAUGUUAUCAUUAGUAUGCCUUGUACAGUCGUGGUCAAAAGUUUUGAGAAUUACACAAGUAUUGGUCUUCACAAAGUUUGCUGCUUCAGUGUUUAGAUAUUUUUGUCAGAUGUUACUAUGGUAUACUGAAGUAAAAUUACAAGCAUUCCAUAAGUGUCAAAGGCUUUUAUUGACAAUUACAUUAAGUUUUAUGCAAAGAGUCAAUAUUUGCAGUGUUGACCCUUCUUUUUCAAGACCUCUGCAAUCCGCCCUGGCAUGCUGUCAGUUAACUUCUGGGCCACAUCCUGACUGAUGGCAGCCCAUUCUUGCAUAAUUAAUGCUUGGAGUUUGUCAGAAUUUGUGGGGUUUUGUUUGUCCACCCGCCUCUUGAGGAUCGACCACAAGUUCUCAGUGGGAUUAAGGAUGGGGAGUUUCCUGGCCAUGGACCAAAAAUGUCAAUGUUUUGUUCCCCCAGCCACUUAGUUAUCACUUUUGCCUUAUGACAAGGUGCUCCAUCAUGCUGGAAAAGGCAUUGUUUGUCACCAAACGGUUCUUGGAUGGUUGGGAGAAGUUGCUCUCGGAGGAUGUGUUGGUACCAUUCUUUAUUCAUGGCUGUGUUCUUAGGCAAAAUUGUGAGUGAGCCCACUCCCUUGGCUGAGAAGCAACCCCACACAUGAAUGGUCUCAGGAUGCUUUACUGUUGGCAUGACACAGGACUGAUGGUAGCGCUCACCUUGUCUUCUCCAGACAAGGUGUUUUCCGGAUGCCCCAAACAAUCGGAAAGGGGAUUCAUCAGAGAAAAUGACUUUACCCCAGUCCUCAGCAGUCCAAUCCCUGUACCUUUUGCAGAAUAUCAGUCUGUCCCUGAUGUUUUUCCUGGAGAGAAGUGGCUUCUUUGCUGCCCUUCUUGACACCAGGCCAUCCUCCAAAAGUCUUCGCCUCACUGUGCGUGCAGAUGCGCUCACACCUGCAUGCUGCCAUUCCUGAGCAAGCUCUGCACUGGUGGUGCCCCGAUCCCGCAGCUGAAUCAACUUUAAGAGACGGUCCUGGCGCUUGCUGGACUUUCUUGGGCUCCCUGACGCCUUCUUCACAACAACUUAACCUCUCUCCUUGAAGUUCUUGAUGAUCCGAUAAAUGGUUGAUUUUAGGUGCAAUCUUACUUACCCUUUUUGUGCAAGGCAAUGAUGACGGCACAUUUCCUUGCAGGUAACCAUGGUUAACAGAGGAAGAACAAUGAAUUCAAGCACCAUCCUCCUUUUUAAGCAAUAAUAAUUAGCCUAAACAAUAAAUAAACCGCAAUUCACGAAUGCAUGCAACUGUUUUUAGUCUGCUGUAAUAAAGGCUUCCUGUAUAUAUAUUUUUUCAUUAGAACAGACUCUCUGGUACACUUAUUUAUUUAGUGUUGUUUACACUGUUCCAAAUGGUUAGAAAAAAAUAUAAUAUUGUAAAUCUAACAGCAACUGUUUGGCACAGAUAAUACUCAGGCAACGCUUGCUCCUACACCCUCCUUUUUCUUGAUCUCUAGUAGUUUCCACAACUAAGUCAAAUGCCUUCCACAGAUCUGGCUUCUCCUUUCCGUCCUGAGCAACCAGUUAACAUUCGCCUGUUUCGAGUUUCUUUUUCACGUCCUUCGCAUCCAUUUUGCUGUCAACAUUACUGUGUUCAGAGUUUGUUUAUAACCAAUUUAUUCAUGUGAUUAUGAUAGGCUAUAGGUCAGACCCUAUUGGUCACAUGCAUGUGAUGCUUACAUGUUUCACGUAAAGAGAGCAAGGGUUGAGGGAAUAGGGAAUGUUUUUCCUGAACAAAAUUGGGAUUUUGGUAACAGAACUUUUCAGUCAAAGUAAGUAAGAAACUAAAUGGCUGAAAUGAUGUUGCAGCUUCAGCACUUACAGCGCAAGGAACACUUGCUGUGGUGCCUUUUCGCAGCUGUAGGGAGGAGAGCGAGACAACAUGCACCAGUCGCACAGGCACUUGCUGUCAUUUGUUUUAACACUGUGACCAUCGGACUCUUUCUUGAGUCAUUUUUGUGUCUUAAUUAUUUAAACAAACGGUAUGCUUAAAGCACCAGACAAGCCCAGUGCCUAUGUAGUUGAACACAUAGGGUGUGUUUGUCUGUAUAUGGAAAAAUACGUUUCAGUUUAAACAUUUCCACCAAUCGAUUGGUCGAAAGAAUAGGACAACUCUCGGUCGACCAAGAUUAUUUUUUUGGUCGGGGACAGCCCUAGCGUGUGCGAGCUUGUGUGUAUGAUGUGUGUGCAUACGUGUCUGCGUGUUUCCUUGAAUGCGUCUGUAUGUGUGGCGUUUGCGUGUGCGCCACGUGCGUGCAUGGUUGAUUCAUGGCCCUUACCCAGCAGCUAUGUCUCACUAAUGGCCGACGAAUCGAUCCUCAACCACGGAGAGGAUCACACAGACACACGCAUAACCCGGAGGGCAUCAGUCAGCCACCACAAACUGUCCUGUUGACGGCUACCUCUAUAACCUCAUCAGCUGUAACUAUGCUCAUGAUCACUACCGCUGUAGACCAUUGCAGCAGCUAAUGAGCUCUAACGGCCAUGUCAGACCUAGUUGAACUCUCGCCUCCUGGUUAGUCUGAAGAGCGAUUGUCUCACCCACCCCACCACCCCCUCAAGACAGAAUGCUCCCGAGGUGUAUUGCUAUAAUACUCAUGGGAGUAAUUUUUUUCUUCACUUGUUAUUUGUGUGGGUGAGCGUUUGGCUUAUGGUAAACCAUUGUCACAAUUGAUUCUGGGCUUGCUUAAAAAUGCGACUUACUUUGAUUGGUUUGGGUCAACCAAUCAGAACAUUCUGUAAAAUGUGUAAUGUGAAACUUUAAAAAACUAACUUUAAAAAACAAACAGCAUUGGGGAUUUUCUUAUUGUGUAUCAUGCUACAUAUUCCAACUCACCUACAAGAGACCGUCAUGUACUGUCAUGGCCGUGUGUGUUUUAAAUUAAAUCAAUCAAUCUGUGUCCCCUUUCAAGUAUGAUUGAAAUUGAGGAUGGAUCAGUAGAAACUAAAUUGUAAGGGCUGGUGAGGUCAAAGUUGAAAUAACUAACCAGUAUGCUGGGUGUGUGUCCUAUAGGGCUCCAGGUCCAGUGGGAGGGUGCACAGUUUUGGGAAGCGAGAGCAGUCCAUCAAGAGGAACCCCAAUUUCCCCGUGGUGGUGAGAGGAUGGCUCUACAAACAGGUAAGCAACGCACACACGCACACACACACACACACACACACACACACACACACACACAUACACACACACGUAUGCAUACCUACACGCUCGAAGGCACAUACGACUAAUGAAACUUGAAACGCGCGCCCACACACACACUGUCUAUCAGGGUUUCCCAACCCUCUCUUCUGGGACAACCAGACGUUUCACCUGAUUCAAUUAGUCUACCUAUCAUCAACCCCUUGACUAAUUGAGUCCGGUGUGCCAGUUUACGGCUAAAACAAAAAGGUGAAACGUCUGGUGGUCCCCGAGGAGAGGGUUGGGAAGUACUGGCAUAGGCUGCCAUGGCAACAGAGGUCAUGGACACAUCAUAUGGACGUGCAUUGGGUUGCUUUUCAAAAACAGGAUGGAGCUCAUUGGUUGAUAAGGUGUCUGUAGGACAACACUGAUUGGCUGAUAGUGGGACAAGCAAGCCAAUGAAGAUGAUAGACAUGGGUGUGCAGGCUGUCAGUUGAUUGGUAGACAGGAACUGGUAACAAAUCUCAUUGGUUGACACAGAAAGGGGUGCAAAAUCUACAGGAUACUGUUGAUUGGUUAGUAGAGACACACAGAGACUCACAGGAUAGAGCUCAUUGGUUGAUAGGUGUCUGUAGGACAACAUGAUUGGAUAAACUGGUAGCUGGGUGUAUGGAUCGUAUCGUACACGUUGUUUUUGUACACAGUUCUCACUCUGUGUGUGUGCGUCCCAAAUGGCACGCUAUUCCCUAUAUAGUGCACUGCUUUUUACCAGAGCUGGUCACAAGUAGUGCACCAAAUAGGAAAUAGUCUGCGUCAUUUGGGAUACAGCCAGUGUCUUAAUGAGCUCCAGGGUUGACCUUUGAACCCUGUUUAUGUCUGCCAGGUAGAUGGAUGUGACUUUGCCCUCGCUGGAACUCGGAAAAGCCAGCACUGUCCCAUUAUAAAACUCUAAGAGAAGAGAAGCACAAUGCAAUUCACUUUAACUGAUAGACACGCAUUAUCGGUGGAAACACACACACACACACACACACACACACACAGAAAGACACACACGCAUGCAUGCUCUCUCUCUCUCUCGCUCUCUCUCUCUCUCUCUCUCUCUCUCUCUCUCUCUCUCUCUCUCUAUCACUCACUCACUCACUCACUCAUUCCCUCACUCACUCACUCACUCACUCACUCACUCACUGACUGUCAGGCACUCACGCACCACACACACACUCACUUCUGAGGGAACGCUAUUUAAACACCAAACCAUUUUCCUCCAAAACAAACUCCCUAUCAUGACAAUGGGGAAAUGAACACAAUGCUCUUCCUACCAGGGAAAAGAUUCAAACAGGCAGCACUUAAUUACUGUGUGUGUGUGUGUGUGUGAUGAUCUGUUUGAAGUGUGUUUUCCCUUCUCUCUGCUUCCAUCAUUCCCCUGGCUGCGAGUGUUUGAAAAGCGAUGGCAAGCAUAGCGGGCCAAUAAAGGAGUGUAGGCCUGAAUUCUCUCUCGCUUUCUUUUUCAGGACCGCUCUGGAAUGAGGCUUUGGAAGAGGAAGUGGUUUGUGUUGGCUGACUACUGCCUGUUCUACUACAAAGGUGAGAAGCUUUUGGUGCGGGCGUGUGUGUGUGUGCAUGCUCUAGGGGAGAUUUGACGUGGUAUUUUAGUGCUGUAAGAAUAGACUUGAUGACUUUAUAGGCCUAUUUCGGUGGCACUGACCUGGCACCUAGAUGUGAGCAUAGAACAUCUUUUAGUAUUUUGUUCAUUUGUCCACUGUUAAUACUUUCCUCCAAACAUGUGCAUGUCAGCAAUAAUGUUUUCAAGACAGACUACUUUCAAUACAGAGCAAAACUGUGAUGAUGAUAAUGUGUUUUGCAGAUCAAAUCAGAUCAAAAUAUCCUAUUAAAGUUAGAUUGGCUGAGAUAGAAAAGAGGCAAAAUUGGAGCAUAAAGGAAGCUAUUUAUAGUCAAAGUUUCAUAAAGGGCCUUUCUCAAGACUAGACGGCAAUCUUGGAUCUUGGCUGAGCCUCGUGAAUGAAAGUAUUUGCCGAACGAGCCUGGAAAUAAGCCAUACGGAUACUCAUUACGCUUUUUACUUGGUUUAUUCUCACCAUGUUUAUUCUAACCACAUCUUGGCAACGCCAACGAGUGCUCAUCAUUCCAGACCCCUGGUAGUCAAUGGGUGAGUCCCAAAUGGCACUCUAUGCCCUGUUUAGUACUAUACUUCUGGUCAAAAGUAGUGAACUAUACAGGAAAAGUAGUGCACUACUCAGAGAAUAGGGUGGCAUUUGGGACACAGACUGUCCUAAUCCAUAGCCACUGUCCCACGUGAACCGUUCUCAAUGUUGCCCUAACGUUAGGAGAGGGUUAAAAGAGCGUUACGUAAGAGAUUGGAACCAGAAUGUCUCCAGUUGAUGAGGGAGCCAGAGGUUUAAUCAGUGGUUAAUCUGAUGUGUAACCCGAGGUCUCUCUCACCGUGUCACUUUCUUGCUGUCUAACCCCCUCUCUCUCACGUACUCUCGUUCACUUUUACUCCUUCCCCCGCUCUCUCACCCUCUUCCUCCAUCUCUCUCUCUCUCCCCUCUCUUCAUCUUACUCCCAUUUUACUCCAUCUCGUCUCUUUCGGCCGCAAUCAACUCUUUCCCUGUUUCUCUCUCUAUUCAUCUGUUCAUUUCUCUGCAUAAGAAGUGUGUGUGUGUGGGCAGAUAAAACUACUGGGCGGGGUCCCAGAUGGAGAAUGUCUCCUUCAAAGCUCCUUGAAUUUAUUUUUAACCAAUUACUCUUUAAUCCAGACACCCCCCCCCCCCCCCCCCCCCCCACCUUCACUUAUCAACCAAACACUCCACUCCACUACACACACCACCACAUGUUGUCGCACACACACACAUUCUAGCACUCUGUCACAAUGUGCAGCGGUGGAAACACUCCCCCCAUGAGAGUUGUCCCUUGUAUUUAUAGCGGGGUGAGCUAAGUAAGAUAUGACCAGGCUCUAGAGUCAGAUGGGGAACAUAGUGGCAUGACAUUGAUGCCAAACCAGGCAGAGGACAGCCGUGGUAUGAAUCGGCCAUGCCAACUGGAUGGGCAGAGAGCGAUUUAGUGGAGUGGCAGUGUAGUGCCAGUUUGGGUAAGGGGGGUUUGGCAGAGUGCUUUGAAAGGGGCAGCGGUUAUUGACUGGUUUGGCAGAGUACUGCCACAUGGGUGUUGGGGGAGUGGGGGUAUACUACAGUGGUGGAGGAGGGAAAUGUUAUUAGUGGGUCAUAAGUGACAUCUCUCUCUCUCCCAAAAUGGGAAAAUAUUAUUGACAUUACAUUGCUCUUUUCACUGGCUGUCCCUCAGGUUGUGGCAGGAGGCACAUUUUGCCUUUUCACCCAAUAAAUAUUAGAUUUUUUCUUCAUCUUUUAUAGUUUCAAAUUCUUUCUACUGAAUGAUCAUUUUUGGAAAGAAAGAUUCUCUUAGGUCUGAGUAUUUGUCACAGUGUAAUAGGAAAUGCAGCUCUGUCUCUACCUCUCCCCUGGAGCAGAGUGAGCACAGCCUGUCCUCGCUGGGCAGCCAGGUUUGCCUGUGACGACCGGUCUCUAUAGCCAGACUGUUCUCACUGAGUCUGUACGUAGUCAGUGUUUUUCUCAGUUCUUCUGUCAGAUAGUCUGCCACCAUGUACUGUCUGUUUAGAACCAAAUAGCAUUGAAGCUUACUUUGAUUUUUUUGUGGCGUCUUUCCAACAGGUGAUAUAUUUUUGCUUUGUGAUGAUUUGGUUGGGCCAGAUUAUCUGAGUGUUGUCCUGAGGCUCUAUGGGGGUUAGUGAACUGAGCCUCAGGACCAGCUGACAGAGGGGACUCUUCUCUUGUUUCAUCUCUUGACAUUAUAGGGCUGUGUGAUGAAAUGUUUUGGGGUCACUUGUUUUUAGAUGGUUGUAAAAUUUGAUGGCUGUUUUUUCUAUUCUAAUAAGGAGGGGUUAUUGGCCCAAUUCUGCUCUACAUGCGUUAUUUGCUCUUUUUCUUUGCACAUGCAAUACAGUCUUACAAAACUGCAUGCAGUAUUUCGAUUGGAUUUGUCCCAUUUGGUAAAUUCAUUAUUAGAGAGUGGACCCCAUACUUCGCUGCCAUAUAGAGCACUGAUUGGAACAUUUUUAGCCAGAUUGUAAUUGUAAUUUCGAUUUUAAUGUUCCUUUUAAUUGCAUAGAAUGCUCUUCUUGCUUUGUCUCUCAGCUUGUUCACGGCCAUGUGAAAGAUACCUGUGUUGCUAAUAUUUAGUCCUAGAUACAUGUUGUUUUUGGUGUGUUCUAAUAGAACUGUGUCCAAAUACAAUUUGUAUUUGUGAUCCUGAUUUCCGGACCUCUUUUGAAAUAUCAUUAUAUUCUGGGUUUUUAGGUUAACUGUCGGAGCCCAGGUCUGACAGAACCUGUGCAGAUGAUCUAGAUGCUACUUAACCCCUCCUUAGUGGCAGACAGCAGCACCAGGUCAUCUGUGUACAGCAGACACUUGAUUUCAGUGUUUUGUAGGGUGACACCAUGUGCUGCAGAUUCUUAUGUUUUAUCCAAUUCAUUAAUGUAGAUGUUAAAUAUUGUUGGACUUAUUGAGCAGCCCUGUUUCACUCCACGUCUCUGAGAGAAGAAGUCUGUUUGCUUGUUGCCAAUUUUAACCACACAUUUAUUUUUAGUAUAUUUACAUUUACAUUUUAGUCAUUUAGCAGACGCUCUUAUCCAGAGCGACUUACAGUUAGUGAAUACAUAUAUAAAAAAAAUUAUACUGGCCCCCCGUGGGAAUCGAACACAUUGAUUUAAUAACAUCCUAUGUUUUCCCUCCAAUACCACAUUCUAUUAGUUUAUAAAAAAAGACCUUUGUGCCAAAUUGAAUCAUGCUUUCUUGAAGUCUACAAAACAUGAGUAGAUUUUGCCUUUGUUUUGGUCUACUUGUUUGUUAAUUAGAGUGUGGCGGGUUUAAAUGUGGUCUGUCGUGCGGUACUUUGUUAAAAAUCCAAUCUUGCUUCUGCUCAGGACAUUGUGUUCAUCAAGGAAAUGAAGUAGUCUGCUAUUUAUGAUACUGCAGAGAAUUUUCCCCAAAUUGCUGUUAAUGCAAAUUCCUCUAAUUAUUUGGGUCAAAUUUGUCUAAAUCUUUAUAGAUUGGUGUGAUCAAUCCUUGGUUCCAAAUAUCGGGGGAAAUACCUGCAGUGAGGAUAAUGUUGAAGAGUUUGAAAUAAUGUUGAAGAGUUUGAGUAUAGCCAAUUUGAAUUUGUGGUCUGCAUAUUUUAACAUAUCAUUUUAAAUACCAUCAGCACCACAGGCCUUUUUGGGUUGGAGAGUGUAUAGUUAAUUAUUGUUCUGUAAUUGAGAUAUCCACAGGAUUCUGAUAGUCUUGGACUGCUGAUUCAAGGAUUUGUAGUUGAUCUUGUAUAUCUUUUUGUUCUGGGCUCUUUGUUAUAUUGCUGUAGAGGUUUGCGAAGUGAUUUCUCCACAUAUCACCAUUUUGGAUAGCCACUUCCUCAUGAUGAGGUUUGUACAAUUUAUUCCAAUUCUCCCAGAAGUGGUUUGAUUAUAUGGAUUCCUCAAUUACAUCCAGCUGAUUUCUAAUGUGCUGUUCCUUUUUUGUUCUUAGGGUGUUUUUGUAUUGCUUCAGUGUUUCCCCAUAUUGAAGGCAGAUAUUGCUGUUGUCUGGUUCUGUAUUUUUGAUUAGAUAUAUUUCUCAAUGACUUCCUUAGAUUUUUGCAAUCAUUAUCAAACCAUUUUUCAUUAUCUAUUAUUUUUGGUUUGCUCUUAUGUUUCCUUAUAUUAGCCAAGGAGGCUAAUUUGUCAAAUACAAAGUGUGUUCCAAAUGUCCAAAUGUACACCUUCAUUGCUGUAGGACAGGGAUCAUCAACUAGAUUCAGCCGCGGAUCGAUUUUUUUCUGGAGCGGAUGGUCGGGUGGCCGGAACAUAAUUACAAGUAAUUAGUAGACUGCAAAAAGCCCAAACAGAUAUAAUGUUUGACUAAAACAUAAUCAUUUCAAACCUUCCUUACAUUUGUAUACGAUCAUGUGUCUAUCUAUUAUGCGUGGGAAUACUUGGGAACAGAUUACUUAAAUUAAAAUCACUUGGGGAUGAUUUCCUGGUGUUUUUAUAGUCUUUUAUGUCCAACAAUUAAUUUUUUUUUAAAACGGCCCAUUGGGGAACCCUGCGGUAGGAGAAUGUUAAGGUUAAAAAGUUGUCCUAGAGAGAUUUUAUUUUUGGGCUACUAAUUGAACUCCAUCUAUAGGCCUGUUUAGUGGCAUGUCAUUUAUUGGGCCGUGAUGCUUCAUGGUUGGGUUCCGCUCUUCUCAGAUACACUGUGAUUUUACUGUGGUCUCUCGCUCUCUCUCUUCCCCCUCCCCUAACAGACAGUAGGGAGGAGUCAGUCCUGGGUAGCAUUCCUCUGCCCAGCUAUGUCAUCUCAGCCGUGGAGCCUGAGGACCACAUCAGCCGCAAGUAUGCCUUCAAGGUACGACUCAGUUUGCCUCUUAACACAUCUUAUUUGUAGUCUUUUUAAUGUUUUUUUGUUUAUUUUAUUAAUUUGACUAAUUUAAUAUUCUAUGGCUUUAUGUUGGACUGAUAGAUAAUGGACUGAAUGUGAUUGGUUCUCUGCUUCAUAUUGACUUCUAUUUGACCAUCCGCUGGCUUAGAGGCAUUGCAUCACUGUGAGGUCACAAUGCUCACAGGGAGAAUUCUGUCAAUCAAUGAUUGAUGAUAUUCUGGAUAAUAAGUCAAUCAGAUAUUUAACUGCAUCCAUCCUCCCCUCCCAUUGGCUAUUGAAGAGUUUCUGUAUUGGUCACUUUUUAGCUUUCUAAUUUCCUUGUCUAAUAAAUAAAUACAUUAUUUUUGUGUUUUUUUAAACACCCACAAAAGAAAGCUAUUUUCUCAACAAUGCCUCCAACCGUAGGUUUUCUCUACAGACAUAUUGUAGGUAUAAUACUACAGUGUAUAAUUUAGGACUCCCUAUGCCAUAGAGCGACCGUGCCUUCAGAAAGUAUUCACACCCCUUGUUUGUUGUGUUAAAAAAGUAGGAUUAAAAUAAAUUUUAAUUUCUGUCAACAAUCUACACAAUAUACUCUAAUGUCAAAGUGGAAGAAAAUUCUAACAUUUGUAAAAAAAAAAAAAAAAAAAAAAAAAAAAAACAUGAAAAAUAUAACAUUUAUAUAUCUUGAUUAGAUAAGUAUUCAACCGCCUGAGUCAAUCCAUGUUAGAAUCACCUUUGGCAGUGAUUACAUCUGUGAGUCUUUCUGGGUAAGUCUCUAAGAGCUUUCCACACCUGGAUUGUGCAACAUUUGCCCUUUAUUCAUUUUAAAAUUCUUCAAGCUCUGUCAAAUUGGUUAUUGAUCAUUUUCAAGUAGAUUUUAGUCAAAAUUGUAACUCGGCCACUCAGGAACAUUCAUGUCUUCUUAGUAAACAAAUCCGGUGUAGAUUUUGCCUUGUAUUUUAGGUUAUUGUCCUGCUGAAAGGUGAAUUCAUCUCUCAGUGUCUGGUGGAAAGCAGACUGAACCAGGUUUUCCUCUCAGAUUUUGCCUGUGCUUAGCUCCAUUCCACUUCUUUUUUAUCCUGAAAAACUCCCCAGUCCUUAACGAUUACAUGCAUACCCAUAACAUGAUGCAGCCUCCACUAUGCUUGAAAAUAUGGAGAGUGGUACUCAGUAAUGUGUUGUAUUGGAUUUGGCCCAAACACUUUGUAUUCAGGACAAAAAGUGAAUUACUUUGCCACAUUAUUUGCAGUAUUACUUUAGUGCCUUGUUGCAAACAUGAUGCAUGUUUUGGAAUAUUUGUAUUCUGUACAGGCUUCCUUCUUUUCACUCUGUCAGUUAGGGUUAGUAUUGUGGAGUAACUACAAAGUUUAUCCAUCCUCAGUUUUCUCCUAUCACAGCCAUUAAACUCUGUAACUGUUUAAAAGUCACCAUUUGUCUCAUGGUGAAAUCCCUAAGCGGUUUCCUUCCCCUCCAGCAACUGAGUUAGGAAGGAUGCCUGUAGUGACUGGGUUUAUUGAUACACCAUCCAAAGUGUAAUGAAUAAAUUCACCACGCUCAAAGGGAUAUUCAAUGUCUGCUUUUUUUUAUUUUUACCCAUCUACCAAUAGGUGCCCUUCUUUGCGAGGCAUUAGAAAACCUCCCUGGUCUUUGUGGUUGAAUCUGUGUUUGAAAUUCACUGCUCAACUGAGGGACCUUUACAGAAUUGUAUGUGUGGGGUACAGAGAUGAGGCAGUCAUUAAAAAAUCAUGUUACACACUAUUAUUGCACACUAUUAUGUGACUUAUUUAGGCUUGCCACAACAAAGGGGUUGAAUACUUAUUGACUCAAGACAGUUCAGCUUUUCAUUUUGUAUUCAUUUGUAAACAUUUCUAAAAACAUAAUUCCACUUUGACAUUAUGGGGUAUUGUGUGUGUAGGCCAGUGACAACACAGCUCUAAUCAAUUUAAUCCAUUUUAAAUUCAGGCUGUAACAUAACAAAAUGUGGAAGAAAAAAAAAGUAAAGGGAUGUGAAUUAUUUCUGAAGGCACUGUAUACCUGUGACAGACUGUGGUGCUAGCUGUAUAUCUGUGGUUGGUUCUAGAUUAACCACAUCUUUCUCUAAUAUCCUCUGCUAGUGGUUUCAUUCCCACAGGAAGCCAGUGUGGUUCUGUGAUGUUUCCUUUCCGCACUACAUACAGCCUUGCCUCUGUUGUCAUGCAGAGCCAUUAGGGGUUUAGGUUUCAGUCUAUUGACUGUAUGACAGACGGUAGGCCUGGCUGGUCGUAUAAUAUAGGCCAGUCACUGACUGAUACAACCAGUCGGUCUCCUAGUAUCUCUUGUCAGGGUUUUUUCUAGAUCAAAAAGGGGCUUAGGUGGGGGGCGUGGCAGGGGUCGGCCCGUCGCCACGGCUGAAUUUGAUUGAACAUUUUAGUAGCCCCCAUCUUGCCUGAGUGGAGAAUUUCCUGCAAUUCUACACAUUUCUACAUGGAGCUGAGAGAAAAUGUAGCAGUUUUUUAAAGCACAUUUCCUGCGAUUCUAUGCAUUUUGUUAUUUCGCUCAAACAUAAUAACAAAAUCAAUUCUCCCUGACUGUCUAGCUUUUAUUUUGGUGAUUGUUAGUUCUCAAAGAUUAUAUUAUAAGAAAAUAUAUAGGGCAUUUUUUUCAAACAUACUUUACAUCUGGUUUUAGUCGUUUCAGUUUACACUGAAAGCGUUUUUGUUUUUACACUGUUUGGAUUUAGGUGGCCAGAAAAAACGCUUAGGCGGCCCGCCCAAGGAUUUCAAUGGCAGAAAAAUCCCUGUAAUGCCUCCAAUCUCUGCCCCUGGCUGACGACAUGGAUUCAAUGUUAUUUCACUGUUGAUUCAAUGUUUCCUUCCUAACCAGACCACCCUGGCCCUAAGGCAGUGUUUCUCAACUCUAGUUCUAUGGUUGCAUAUGGUUUCUAGCCCAAUACAAGAACACCUGAUUCUACUCUAUUCUAUUCCUAAUCACUGAAUCCCUUCAUUAGUUGAACAAGGUGUGCUUGUGUUGGGCUGAAACGAAACUGUGCAGUCUUGGUGUUACCCGCAAGGGUUGCAAAAUUCUGGUAACUUUCCCAAAAUUCCCAGGUUUUCCAGAAGUCCCGGUUGGCCCAGAAACGGUAGGGAAUAAGAAGGAAAUCAGGAAUCCUUUGGGAAAGUUACCAGAAUUUUGCAACCCUAGAAACACUGCUAUCCGGUUGUCCUAUUAUAGGUGGUGUUUUUGUUAACAGUUCACUCUACUGUUGACUCAACUAAUGCAGUGAGAAAGGCUCUUACAACUCAGUUUGCAGUUACACUAUAGCAGGCCAAAUGUAAUUGAAUGCAGAGUGGAGAUUUGGGCUGGCGAUCUUGGGAUUGACUGUGGAAUGGCUCUGUAAUCUACUCUAAGCCGUUAUCAGAGACAUAGGUUAUAUUGAGCUGCUACACUCUUGUGCAAUCUGUCCCACUGCUAUGGGUGUGCGUGUACGAGUGAGACGGAGGGAGGGGACAAUAGAGAAUGGCUAGCUUGUGUUUCCUACUCCCUAAACCAAGAUCCUGUUACUGCCAUGGAAGAGUUGGGAGAAUGUUAGGAGUACUGCCCCUUCCCCCAGUCAAUACCUGUAACCCUACCCUGUCAGGACCCCCUAUACUAUAGGCAGAAUAGGUCACUCUCCAAUGUCUCUCUGGAGGGGUCUGUCUGUGUGUGUAUGUGUGUGUUUUAUGUCCUCUGGUUAGUUUGAUUGUGCUGCAACCAUUCACUACUACAGUGUGUUAGUACUACUUGGUUUCGUCUGACUACUUCAUCCCAAAAAAUGUUUCCCCAUGGUUAAAACCUCACUUUCCCACCCCACCCCACCACUGUUGAGUCAACCAAUCUAGCUAGAAGGCUGGUACCCCCUCCCCUAUUCGUUGAACUCUGUUCCCUCUCUUGUUCCUAUUGGUGGGCUGCCUCGCUGGGACCCUGCGAGUGUGCGAAGUCGUCCAAUGAAACACAAGUGCACCGUCCACUCAUAAAUAGGUACUGCCCUCUCAACCUAUUGUACUUUACCAGAGUUACUGCUUUUACCAUGUCAUUUACCAUCAGUGUGUGGUUGAAAAAGGGGAAAUAUAUACAACAACGUGUAUAUUUCUUAUGGUUUUGAGAGUGGUGUGCCUUUGGACGUGGUCGUGGUUUCCCUUCAUUUUAUCCGUCUUCUCUGUCUUGUAUGAUCUCAUUCACUUAUGCCUGUUGUUGUGUGUGUUGGCUGAACUCUGCUUUGUCUCAUGUCCAGCAUGCCACUCAUGGAGGUGGAUCGAUUGAUUUUAUUUAAGUGGAAUAAUAUUUUUUUUCUCCUCUUAUGCAGACUAUUUUGGAAUGCAUCUAAAACCUUCUGGCCUGGUCCCAGAUCUGUUUCAAAUUAAACGUUUAUUUAUAGAGCACAUUUCUUACAGGGGAUGCAUUUCAAAGUGCUUAACAAAUGUUUGUGCCGUCUUGCUCGAGGAUGUGAAUAUUCUGUAUACUCACUGUUGCUUAACGACUGUUGAAGGUUAUUAGCCUGGUCCCAAUUCUGUUUGUGCUGUCUUGACAACUCCUACUGCUCAACUAUCCACAUAGGGUUAAAUAAAAAAUAGGAGUCAGCAAGACAGCACAAACAGAAUUGGGACCAGGCUAAUAACCUUCAACAGUCAUUAAGCAACAGUUAGUAUACAGAAUAUAGUUCCUAUAUUCAUUUCCAUUAUGCCAAUGGUUUUCCCAGAGCAGAAAGGUUUUGAGAUUGUGGAUUCCAGAACGUUCUGUGCGAAUCAUGUGUUUAUUGAUGUAAAAAUAUUUUUACGUGAGAGUUCAUGAGUUUGUGUUAUCGCAGCUUAGAGAGACCAGGGUUAUGUCCCAAAUGGCACCCUAUUCCCUACAUAGUAUAGGGCUCUGGUAAAAAGUAGUACACUAUGUAGGGAAUGGGGUGCCAUUUGGGACGCGGUCUAGGCCCCCAGGCUUAUCUGCACAAUAAGAAGGCUUUGAAUAGACGGGACAAAAAAGGCCUGCGUGUCUGAGAGGGGCUGGGGAGAGGAAUAAGAGGACUGCUGCUAUUGUUAGCCUUCCUGUCUGGGAGUACAGGCUGGCUAUUUUUGAGGAGGAGAGGGAGGGGGACUUGCCCAGAGUGAGCAGUGUGCAUUCUCUGUGGAGGUGUGGUGGUCACACAGUGCACUGAAUGUCCCACUCAGCCUCUUCCCUGUAGCAGGAAUGCUAUGAGGCUGUGGUAAGGGCUGUUAUUGGAGACCAGGCAGUGUUUGUUUCGGUGUCUUCACAUUCUUAUAUUGGUCUGAAAAGGCAGGGCAGGUAUUGGAUAGUUACAGUAACAGGGUAGAUGUUGGGAUGGAUUGAUAGAUGUGUGUGCAUGUGUAUGGCAUGCACAUACAUCCAACUAUGAACGACAGGGCAGAUAUAGAACUGUAUUAGAUAGCAGCUUGUCCAGAUAGCUGAAGAGGCUGAAGAGUGAGGGAGGGGUGAUUAGACAGCUGAUUAACACAGCAGCAGUCUGACCCCCCUGUGUGGCCUUGCUAGUAACUACGUUAGGCCUUCUACUGCUAUACUCUAGUGUACAGAGGAAGGGGAAGCUGCAUCUAGAUGGUCAGUUUUGCAUUUCCCCCACUAAUGGUUAAGGUUAGGAUCGUGGGAGGGGAAGCUGAUCCUUGAUCUAGGGGCAACUUCACCCUAUUCCACAGUGUACACUAUAGGCCGAAGCCAGACUAGCCAGGGAGGAGAUUUAAGACCUCCCCAGGGGGUAGAGGCAGCCUUCUGGCCCGACCUUCUCGACCUACUGAUUGGGGCCAAGAGGCUUAUCAUUACACUCAGUCAACCUGCAGGAGCACGGUCUGUCUGUGUGUUUGUGUGAAUAUAUGUGUGCAUAAAUGUGUGUGUACACCACAGGUGGCCAGUGCACCUCCAUUGGGUAGGAUGGGCUCAUAGUAAUGGCUGGAACGGAAUAAAUGGAAUAGUAUUGAACACAUCAAACACGUGGAUUCCAUGUGUUUGAUACCAUUCCAUUCACUCCAUUCCAGCCAUUCUUAUAAGCCAUCCUCCCCCAGCAGCCUCUUGUGGUAUACACGUGUGUGUGUAUACUGUUGUAAGGGUUUUCACACCACUAACAACACCCAUGCCUCAACUCGAAAAGCCAUGUUUGUAUCAAAUGUCGAGCCAGGCAAAAUCACACGUUAAUAAGAUGCCUUUACCUUGCUUUGUCUAGAUCCAACUAAAACCAUGAGUCCCAAAUGGCACCCUAUUCCCUAUACAGUGCACUACUUUUGACCAGGGCCCUUGUCAAAUGUAGUGCACUAAUAGGGAAUCGGGGCAGGGGUGUAUUCAUUAGCACAUACUGUAGCAAAACGUUUUGGUACGGAAAAACUAAAACAAGCGUUUCUUAUUGGACAAAUUCAGGUAGGUCCCUCUCCGUUUCAGCCUGUUUGCCUCAGUUUGGUUCCUAGUGAAUACACCCCAUAUAGAUUGGCUCUCAUUUGUUACAUAAUGGCGAUGGCAUGAGUGAUUGCCUCAAUAAUUGCCUUUUGCAGUGCCAGUGAUAGCCGUCUUCUAUCUAAGGAAAACUGUCUCUUGAAAUAUUGAUUAGCCAUCCUUCUCCCAAAGUGUGCACUUGCAAUACCCCCUGUGAUGGAUUUUUAAAGCAUUGGAAUGGUGUAAGCCAGGGGUGUCAAACUCAUUUUAGCUCAGGGGCCACAUGGAGGAAAAUCUAUUCCCAAGUGGGCCGGACCGGAAAAAUCAUGGUAUAUAUAACUUAAAAACAACAACUUCAGAUUGUUUUCUUUGUUUUAAUACGAUCAACAUACAACAUAAAGCUGGAGCCUGAGGACAGUGUGUCCAAAAUAGUACAAGCACAACAUCACUAUUAAUCAUAAAACACGUCAAGUUUAUUUGAAAAUUCUAAAGAAAAAGAACACACAAACACACAAUGCCUCAGUGAUUAACAGAACUGUUUCACAGAUCACAGAACUAUAUCAGGGUGUCAUUUCUCAGGCAGAAAUGUAGAUAAAAAUAAUGAAAUCCUGUUCCCCAAACAAGUGCAAGAACCACAGAGUCAAUAAUAUGUUAAAUAUACAAAUAAAAUCAAUUAAAAACAAUAGCACAUCAACAUAAAAACAUAAACAUAAAUCUGAAAGCGUUGCUCAAACUCCCGUAACAGUCCCGUUAUUUUAUCUUUGAACCGCUUCAUGUCUGCCACAUGUUGGGUCGCGCACACAUUUUUCAGACAGGGGAAAUGAGCUGCAUCACCACCCGCAAGUUGCGUCUCCCACAAUGACAGCUUCAACUUGAAAGAACGUAUGCUGUCAUAAUACUGCGUGACAACUUUGUUGCGCCCUUGCAGCUGUUUGUUCAAGUUAUUCAGGUGCUCUGUAACAUCCACCAUAAAUGCAAGGUCCUGCAUCCAUUCUGCGGAAUGAAAUUCUAACACUGGUUUGCCCUUUUCUUCCAUGAACUGUUCAAUUUCUUCUCGUAAAUCAAAGAAACGCCUCAGCACAGCACCUCGGCUUAUCCAUCUUACCUCAGUGUGGUAUGGCAGGCCAUAGAUGUGGUCUUUCUCUCUGAGAAGGCUGUCAAACUGACGGUGAUUCAGGCUUCUGGAUCGGAUGAAAUUAACAGUUUGGAUGACCACCUUCAUGACGUUAUCCAUCUUUAAUGACUUGCAACACAAAGCCUCCUGGUGCAAAAUACAGUGAAAAGUCAAAAAAUCACGUCCUCCAUUUGCAGAUUGCACUUUCUCUCUGAACUUUGUCACAACGCCUGCUUUUUUCCCGAUCAUUGAGGGCGCACCAUCUGUAGCCAGGCUGACAGCGCGGGACCAGUCCACUCCGACCCUGUCCAGCGCGCCGACGAGUGCGGUAAAAAUAUCAGCUGCUGUCGUUGUAUCUGUCAUCGGCACCAACUCCACGAACUCCUCGGUGACGGUCAAUGUGUCAUCAACUCCGCGGAUGAAAAUGGCCAGUUGUGCAACAUCUGUAAUGUCCGUGCUUUCAUCAAUUGCAACCGAAAACGCAAUAAAUGACUUUACUUUUUGCUUCAACUGGCUGUCCAAAUCCACUGAAAGAUCGGAAAUCCUGUCUGCAACUGUGUUUCUUGUCAGGCUGAUAUUUGCAAAAGCCUGCCGCUUUUCAGGGCACACAAUCUCCGCUGCCUUCAUCAUGCAUGUUUUUACAAAUUCACCCUCACUAAAUGGUUUUGAAGCCACUGCGAUUUCAUUAGCAAUGAGGUAGCUAGCUUUCACUGCAGCGUCAUUGAUGUCUCGGCUGUGAGUAAACACAGACUGCUGUUUCUUCAGACCCGCCAACAGUUCAUUCACCUUCUCUCAUCUCCGCUGUCCUUGAAAGUUGUCAUAUUUGUCGGCAUGAAGACUCACAUAGUGGCGACGAAGGUUAUAUUCUUUCAGCACUGCAACAUGCUCUGAACACACCAAACAUACAGCUUUCCCAUUCAAUUCCGUGAAUAAAUAGGAUGACCAUUUUUCUUUGAACACUCUGCACUCUGUGUCCACUUUUCUCUUUUUUGACAGAGACAUAUUGGGGCAAUGAGGGUGCCAAAGCACAUAAUGUUAAAAGUAGAAGCCGUAAUAAAUAUCGCGGGCAAAACAAAGUAGCUCAUUGGCUGCACAUGCUUGACCUACUUGCUCUGCCCCGGUAUAAACAGUUUGCUUGCUUAACACAAUUGCUAUUGCGCCAUCCAGUGGACGCAAUUGGAACAGCAGUUUAUUUUAUUGAAAAAUUGCAGCGCAUUUUUAUACUUUACAAAAAAAAAAAAAAAAAAAAAAAAAAAAUUUUUAUUUUUUUAUUUAAAAAAAAAUAAUCAUCUCGCGGGCCGGAUUAAACCCGUUUGCGGGCCUGAUCCGGCCCGCGGGCCGUACGUUUGACACCCCUGGUGUAAGCGUUGACUGCUGUAGGGAGGUUCCACCAUUGUUAAAUCCAUGAUGGGAAGUGUGCAAGUGCACACUUUGGGAAAAGUGUGGAGAAUCAGAACGCUCCAUAGGAGACAAGCAUAAGACAAGUAUGUAUAGAGUAGGCCUAGUACAAACAAUUCACAAGUUCUAUCACAAUGGCUCUUUCUAGGCUUGCUUGUUGUUGAUUGGUUUACACUGCCCUCUGUUGUGGGUUGGAUUGGACCUUUGCAUUCUUGUUAUGUCUCUCAUGUUACUCUGUGUCCAUUGGUCAGUAUGGAUGUCUCUCUCCUUUUCCAUUGGCUGGAGUACUCUGUCGCUUCUCUCUGUUAUUCUAUUGGCUUUUGUCUCCAUUGGCUGGUAUCUCUGUUUCUCUAUUGGCCAACACAGAUAUGUGUUUGUGUCUCCAUGGGCAGACAUUGGUUGAUGUCCCUAUUUCUCUUAAUUGUUCAACACUUCUCUAUCCAUCUCUUUCAUGGUUGGGGUCAAUUCAGUUCAUAGUAGACCAUUUUUUGUUGUUGAAUUACAUUUAAAUUCACCUGAAAUAACUGAAUUCACAACUGACCCCAACCCUGCUAUCUACCCCAUUGGCCAGACACCACGUCCAUCACUCUUCUUCAAUCUGACCCUCCCUCUCUCCUCUCCCAUAGGCCAACCACACGGGCAUGCGCUCGUACAUUUACAACCGGAGCGCUGUGAUUGACUCGCAGGUGGAGCACGGCGGCAUGCGGUCAUACUUCUUCAGCGCCGACACGCAGGAUGACAUGAACGGCUGGGUGAAGGCCAUGAACCAGGCGGCGCUGAUGCAGAACCAAACCGACAGCCUCAAGAGGUAGGUGUAGUGCGAAGUUACCCCUAGACACUGAUCCUGGGUCAGUUUUGCAUUACCGCCGCCAAUGGUUAAGGUUCGGAGGCGCAACGAUCGUCAAAAUUGAUGAAAGGUCCAAAAUACAUUUCUGAGAAAUCUAACAGCUGCAUAAUGGAGAAAGAUACUCAACUCAUAUUUAUUUUAUUUUUUUAUCCAUAAAAUAAUGGAUGUAUUAUAGCAAAUGAACAAUUAUAGCAACUGAACAAUGAGAGACAGAGAAUUAAUGUAAUCCAGACAUUUUGGUGGGACUUCAGGUAUGCAACUGAAUGUGAAAUAUGACAAUUUCUUCUUUAAAAUGAUUAAUGCCAACGUUCUUAAACCACAUAUGGCCCUUUUAUAUGUUUUGUUAUUAUAUUGAUAGAACGUUUUGAAAAUAACAACCAAUUUGUAUUUACAUAUAGGCACAAAUUAGUAAAUUAGCAUGAAAUUACUCUAUCCAACCAGCUCUUUCUAAAUGACCACCCCAAAGAUAAUUUGUAACCGUCCCCCCCACAAUCUCCCGUCAACUUUCACCAUGGCUUUUACCCAAAGACUUGCGACAUUACUUAUUCAUGAUUGAUGUCAUCUAGAAUAUUAAACAAGGCAGAAAUGUUUUGUACCAAAAUAGCACCCACCUGUUGUGAACAUCAACAUCUCGUUGGAAUUAACCAAUGCAUAUUUUUUUGACAAUAGGGGAAAGAUAAAAAAUUGCGCGAUUGACCUAGAUAUCUGGAUUAUUUGUGUCUGCUUUCUUUUCUGAGUGGCGACUUUGUUCACAUUAUCAUCUAAUCAAACAACAGUUUUCUUUCCCACGAAAUGGAACCCUUUCUGUACGUAGAACGUUUUCCCUUCUCUCUUGUCAUGUAGUUGCCGUGUCAGUGCGUUUAAUCCCCAUCGAUAUAUAAACUUUGAUAAACACGUGGGUCAAAAGGUUUUUGUCCCAUGUCUACAGUUCCGACGAUACCCCCAUCCUUUUGAGACAUCGUUUCACACUUUCCCCCGAUAGUAAAGUCCAGGAGAAAAGGUGAUUUGCACAGGUAAUUGUGGAGCCAAGAGGUACGCUGCCUUGGACCUAACCUCCCUGUCUGUCAACCUGUCACUCCAGACCUGGGUCAUAUACAUGUGAAAUAUGUUGAAAUACUUGAGGUUUGCUUGAUUUAGCUUUAACAAAUUGAAGGGGUGGGGGAGUUUGCACUUUUGGGACUGUUAAGUUGGUAAUAUUUUAUUGGGCAGUUACACAUCUGACCUACGUUGUAGUGUGAAUGUAACUUAGCCGUGGCAAUUCUUAAGUGUGUGUGUGUCUGAAUAUAUUUGUCUGGGGAGAGAGAUGAGUUUCCUUGUGUUUGCCAUUCUGUCAGUCUCAUUGAUAGGCAGCGCUGAGAAACAGAGCUGCAAUCUCUUGGGCUCUUUGUGUGUGUGUGUGUGAGUGCGUGUGCAUGCCUGUAUUUACAUUUUAGUCAUUUAGCAGACGCUCUUAUCCAGAGCGAUUUACAGUUAGUGAGUGCAUACAUUUUUCAUACUGUAUGACCUUGCAGCAGACAGUGCAUUGUGAUGCAGGGUGCUGUGUCUGUGCCAGCCUUGCUCCAUGAUGCCACUCAGCAUGCUCUCAGAUUGCAUUGGUGCAGGCACACACACACAAUAGUACAGUUUCACAGACUUUAUGACAGAUGCCUAACUAUGAUGUGAGAAGGAUGGCGAGAAAGUGAAUGACAGAUGGAGAUGGAAGAAGAGAGUGAUGGUGGGAAAAGCAAUGGACAGACUAGAGAGAAUAAUAGAUGGGGGGGCUGAUGAAAGACAGAGAGAUGUGAGCGAGAAAGAGGGUGAUAUGUGGAAGAGAGGAGGGGGUGAGAGACACACAGACAGACACACAUAGACAGACAGACGGACGGACAGGGACGGACGGACACACACGGACAAAGCGACGGACACGGACGGACGCUCGGACGUCAGUCCUUCUGUGUCUGUCCUUCCAUGUCUGUCCGACAGGCAGACAGACACGGAUGGACGGACACAGGCAGACGGACACGGACAGAUGGACACACGGAUGGACGGACAGACAGUCAGACAGAGAUGGACGGACGGACAGGCGGACGGAUGGAUGGACAGAGACAGACGGACGGACAGACACGGACGGACAGACACGGACCGACAGACGGACAGAACGGUAACGGACGGAAAGACACGGAGGGGCAAACGGACAGACAUGGACAGGCAGGCAGACGGACGGAAGGACAGACACGGACAGACGGACAGAAGGACAGACACGGACAGACGGAAGGACAGACACGGACAGGCGGACGGAAGGACAGACAAGGACAGACGGACGGAAGAACAGACGCGGACAGAGACAGACAAGAAUGAUAGUGAAAGAGCGUGAGAGAGAGAGCGAGGCAAUGUGUAUCAGACAGAGAUUGAUUCCCUGUCAGAUCAGGUGGGUCUACACACAUAGCAGGGGUGACAGGUCGCUUCACUACACUACAGGAACUAGCAGAGACCGAGGCCUCCCAUGUUCACAACAAGCUGUGCCUACUGUCUAGUCUAGACUAGGGGAUCUAAUUUAGUGGAAGUGCAAACAUAUUGGGUCCAAAAAGUUUAAACUUAAACUGUCUCAAAAUCUGCAUCAUCGUUGACGUAGUUGCACGUGAUACAACGCUACAUGUUAGCUGUUCCCGUGAGAUAACCUGGCACACUAUGCUAACAAGACCAGCCGGCAGAGAUUAUUUCCACUAACAAAUUCUUUAAAUCCACCAACCAAUGGUACUUCUUAAAAUAGGUCAACUUGGCAACCAGAGGGAUAUUUUAAACCUAAAAAUUCAAGGUUUACUUUUGUUCAGCUUGGUCUGUCACAAGUGUAGUGUGCCAAUAUUGCAUGACGCAUUCUUGACUAGGCUACUAGCUACUAACGUUAGACAAAAUUCCAGAGGCACGUUUUCGCAUAUACACUAUAUAUGCAAAAGUAUGUGGACACCCAUUCAAAUGAGUGGAUUCGGCUAUUUCAGCCACACCCGUUGCUGACAGUUGUAUAAAAUCAAGCACAUGGCCAUGCAAUCGCCAUAGACAAACAUUGGCAGUAGAAUGGUUUACUGAAGAGCUCAGUGACUUUCAACGUGGCACCGUCAUAGGAUGCCACCUUUCCAACAAGUCAGUUUGUCAAAUUUCUGCCCUGCUAGAGCUGCCCCGGUCAACUGUAAGUGCUGUUAUUGUGAAGUGGAAACGUCUAGGAGCAACAACGGCUCAGCCGCAAAGUGGUAGACCACACAAGCUCACAGAAUGGGACCGGAACUGGAAGCAACGUCAGCACAAUAACUAGUCGUCGGGAGCUUCAUGAAAUGGUUUUCCAUGGCCGAGCAGCCUCACACAAGCCUAAGAUCACCAUGCGCAAUGCCAAGUGUUGGCUGGAGUGGUGUAAGCUCGCCGCCAUUGGACUCUGGAGCAGUGGAAACGCGUUCUCUGGAGUGAUGAAUCACACUUCACGAUCUGGCAGUCCGACGGACGAAUCUGGGUUUGGCGGAUGCCAGGUGAACGCUACCUUCCCGAAUGCAUAGUGCCAACUGUACAUUUACAUUUACAUUUACGUCAUUUAGCAGACGCUGUAAAGUUUGGUGGAGGAGGAAUAAUGGUCUGGGGCUGUUUUUCAUGAUUCGGCCUAGGCCCCUUAGUUCCAGUGAAGGGAAAUCUUAAUGCUACAGCAUACAAUGACAUUCUAGACAAUUCUGUGCUUCCAACUUUGUGGCAACAGUUUGGGGAAGGCCCUUUCCUGUUUCAGCAUAGAUAAAAGGAGGUCUAUACAAUAUUUAAGUUUAUUGUACAUUGUGAAAAGGAAAAAGUUGAAGAGCCUUAUGGUCUUGUCAAAUAGCUGUCAUGUACCUCCAUUAUCACUGCCAGGUGGGGUAUACUGGUAAGGCGGUUGACUGUGAAUCUUCAGGGUACAGUAACCGUGGGUUUGAGGCCCCCUCGCGUCAAGCGUUUAUGUUAAGGAAAAAAAAAGUUCACUGCUGGUCCUCGGUGCUCGAUUUAAAUAAUGCAUAUGUGACAAAGUGGAUGACUAUAAUAAUGCAUAUAAAACGUUGUACAUGUAUGUUUAGCCUAUAUAACAAAUGAAGGUGUUUUUUUGGUCUAACAGUAACGUUAUGCAAUUAUAUUCGGUAUGUUAGGCCUAUGUAGAAGAAUAAAUAAAGUGAUCUUGUGAGACAUUGAUUCAGCUUUGAUCUAGACUUUAUUAAACAAGCACCAUUCUGAGAGGCGGCGGAGCGACGCUCCGGCAACAUUACACCACUGUAGCCUAUGUGUUGGUCUGCAAGAGACACUCCAUGAAGCUCCUUUUUUAAAUAUAUUUGUCAUCUUCAUUUACAAGGUUUUGAUUUCCCUUCGAAACAGACUAUUACAACAAAUGUAAUUCUACAUUUCAAAAACUAUCUCUCCUGGGAUUCGAACUUGCCGAUAAACGCUGAAAAUUACCAGGAGCCAUGCUCACUACACAGAUACAAUUUAGUGCGUGUUUUGGUAACUUAGAAUAGCAGACCAUGCCGUUUUUACUACUGUUAAGGACGCUUUCAUGACAAAGUGUUCGAUCACAUCCAACUACAUCAACAUUUGUAAUUGGCUGAUGCAGAAUUUGUUCCAGGAAAUAAUCAUGUCCUGCUGGUCUUGUUAGCAUAAGGCUAAGUGUGCCAGGUUAUCUGAUGGGAAAAGCUAACAUGUAGCGUACUAUCAUGCGCAACUACGGCAACGAUUUUAAUUGGCUGAUGCGGAUUUUGAGACUUGUUUUAAUGUUCACAAGUAUCAGAUUUGGCCAUCCAUGCCCCUUAAUGACCCCACUGUACGUUUAUCACCUCGUGUGUUUGUGUGCGCGCGGCAUGCGUGUAUAUGCGUGUUAUAGCCAACCAAUUCACUGUGGCUCUUAUGACUAAACGGUCCUGGAACGCUGUAUUUGAUGAAUGAGAAGCUCAUAUCUAUUAUUCAUGUGUCAGUGGAGGGAAGUGAUUGUGUCCAUCAGUGCAAAUAUGACUGCUCAUUCCCCGCCAGUCCUUUAGACACCCUGAGCUAUUUGUUUUAGCACAAGUGGCUGUCAGGUUAACUAGCCUGAGAGACCCAGGAAGCUAGGCUACGCUAAUUUGCUAAUGCUAAGUAGCCCAGUUCUCUUUCAUGUAGAUGGAAUUAGCCUGGUUUUCCCUGUAGCUGAGGCUAGGUACCUAUAUCCUAUUUUGAUGGGCAAUUCAUUCAUGUUAGUGUCAACCAAGGCUAAAUGCUAUGCUAACGUUAACACCUCACUUGGUUGUGAUUAGAGAUAUGAAGGGAUGAAAUAAUGAUUCUCUAGUAAAUUACAAAAAGUAAGAUCUAACAUAACUCCUGGAAACAAAAUGAGGAAGCAAAAUAAGUGGGAAUUUUUGGAAAGUUACUGGAAUUUUCCCUAGUUACUGUCCUGAUACAAUGGCAAUGUCAAUAAUGAUGUUGUUCCUGUGUUGAGAUAGAGAGCCAAACCAAAACAUCCAUCUCCCGUUCUUUUCCUUUCCUAGGCCAUUGGAAACAUCGGAGAAAUCGGAAAUGCCCAACGUGUCGGAACGCCAGGGGGUCCCCCAAACCAACCACGUCAACAACUACACAAAGACCUCACGCGAACCCCGAGCAGACCUCCAUCUCCAUAGCGAUGGAGUGGUCCUCAAACAGGCCGACAUCCGAGAAACCGAGGAGCGCUGUAGCUUCCGGAGCGACACUCUAAAUCCCAUCACUUCCAAGAUUCCUUCCCUUGGCGGCGGAAGCGUGGAAAUUCAAAUGGACGCCGUUCCUCCUAGCAGUCUCCCUCCCAUUCCCACCCUACCUCCAGACUCAGCAUCCGCACCCACAUCCGCGCCCACCUCUAGGGCGCCAUCACGUGCCCCGUCGCGCGGCGCCUACACCCUGCCCCCUGGGGCCUGUCUGAGGAACGGGACACCCAUUCCGGAACCCAACGGGAUGGGGACGGGGACGUACCAGAGGGCCACGCUGCCCCCCCAGGUGGUUGACACUCACAGGCAGGUGCAGAGGAGGAGCACCCUGGAGCAGGUGGAGCACUGGGUCAAGGUGCAGAGGGCCGAGCACAAAGGGUAAAGGUCACGGUUCACACGUCACACCACCGCUCAUCUAGGUGUUUAUCAUUGUGCAUUCAAAUGGCAUAGAAAUACAAACACAUUGACACUCAUAUGUUUAUCCUUGAGUUCAUACACAUUGGCCUACUCUUAUAAGCAUUUCGUUGGACCAUGUAUACCAUGCGUAUCCCGUACAUAUUGUAUGACUAAUACAACUUUAAACUUAUACACGUGCACAGCAUGAGCAUGCACACUCGCAAAUGUUUAUUGUGGUGCAUAUUCAAACACAUACAGUACCAGUCAAAUGUUUGGACACACCUACUCAUUCUAGGGUUUUUCUUCAUUUUUACUAUUUUCUACAUUGUAGAAUAAUAGUGAAGACAUCAAAACUAUGAAAUAACACAUAUGGAAUCAUGUAAUAACCAAAAACGUUUUAAACCAAUCAAAAUAUAUUUUAGAUUUUAGAUUCUUCAGUAGCCACCCUUUGCCUUGAUGACAGCUUUGCACAGUCUUGUCAUUCUCUCGACCAGCUUCACCUGGAAUAUUUUUCCAACAAUCUUGAAGGAGUUCCCACAUAUGCUGAGCACUUGUUGGCUGCUUUUCCUUCACUCUGUCGUCCGACUCAUCCCAAACCAUUGGAUUGAGGUCAGGGGAUUGUGGAGGCCAGGUCAUCUGAUGCAGCACUCCAUCACUCUCCUUCUUGGUAAAAUAGCCCUUACACAGCCUGGAGGUGUGUUGGGUCAUUGUCCUGUUGAAAAACAAAUUAUAGUCCCACUAAACCCAAACCAGAUGGGAUGGCGUAUCGCUGCAGAAUGCUGUGGUAGCCAUGCUGGUUAAGUGUGCCUUGAAUUCUAAAUAAAUCACAGACAGUGUCACCAGCACCAUAACACCACCUCCUCCAUGCUUUACGGUGGGAACUACACUUGCGGAGAUCAUCCGUUCACAUACACCGCGUCUCAUAAAGACACGGCAGUUGGAACCAAAAAUCUCUAAUUUGGACUCCAGACCAAAGGACAAAUUUCCACCGGUCUAAUGUCCAUUGCUCGUGUUUCUUGGCCCAAGCAGGUCUCUUCUUAUUGGUGUCCUUUAGUAGUGGUUUCUUUGCAGCAAUUUGACCAUGAAGGCCUGAUUCACUCAGUCCCCUCCGAACAGUUGAUGUUGAGAUGUGUCUGUGACUUGAACUCUGUGAAGCCUUUAUUUGGGCUGCAAUUUCUGAGGCUGGUGACUUACCAUCUGCAGCAGAGGUAACUCUGGGUCUUCCAAUCCUGUGGCGGUCCUCAUGAGAGCCAGUUUCAUCAUAGCGCUUCAUGGUUUUUGCGAUGGACUGUUGUUUCUCUUUGCUUAUUUGAGCUGUUCUUGCCAUAAUAUGGAGUUGGUCAUUUACCAAAUAGGGCUAUCUUCUGUAUACCACCCUUACCUUGUCACAACACAACUGAUUGGCUCAAACGCAUUAAGAAGGAAAGAAAUUCCACAAAUUAACUGCAUUCCAGGUGACUACCUCAUGAAGCUGGUUGAGAGAAUGCCAUGAGUGUGCAAAGCUGUCAUCAAGGCAAAGGGUGGCUAUUUGAAGAAUCUCAAAUAGAAAAUAUAUUUUGAUUUGUUUAACACUUUUUUGGUUACUACAUGAUUCCAUAUGUGUUACUUCAUAGUUUUGAUGUCUUCACUAUUAUUCUACAAUGUAGAAAAUAGUAAAAAUAAAGAAAAACCCCUGAAUGAGUAGGUGUGUCCAAACUUUUGACUGGGAGUGUACUUUCACACACACACACACACACACACACACACACACACACACACACACACACACACACACGCAUACAUUCUACUAGAUAAGAGUUUUCAGUGUAUGGUUGAAAUACUGUAAGUAUUUAUGGGGGUCAUAGCCAACAUCUCCCUCUAGUGAGGCUCUGGGAAUAAUGCAAGCAUGUGUCGCUCAAAGCCUCAUAAGGCUUACUUUCAGCACAAUACUCAGACUCUGCUAAGCCAGUGAAAUGUAGAUCAGCAACACGAUGAUACAAAGUUUAUAGCCUUUGCUUUUGUCUGACAUCCGACCUCUUCCCUGUUCUCUCCCCCAUAGCCCCCCCUCUAGAGGGGGCACGCUCCCCCGUCACACCCCUUCGACUCAGCCCAAGUUCAUUGGCCUGGAGGCCUACCAGACGCUGCCAAAGACCCCCUGCCAGAGCCCCCCCACCGUCGCACGCCAAGGGGAGUACAAAUACGCCCAAGACCGCCUCAGCCACUUCCGACUCGGACCCUCAGACCUCCAGGGUACCGGCUCCAGGGAAGGUGGUGGCAUCGGUGGGCCUGGCACCGUGUGGCAGCUCUACGAGUGGCAGCAGCGCCACCAGUUCCGCCACGGCAGUCCCACCGCCCCCCUCUAUACACCUGCCCCGGACUACCCCUUCGGGCCCCGGCCCCCCUCCACGGUGCCACCCUCGGCCCCGCGACCCAGUUCUGAGGUGCCCCGCUGUGUGUCGGUGCCCCCAGACCCCUCCGACAUCCUCCCACCGGGACCCCCGGGCUCCAGGGCCCUGUCCCCCCCACGGAGGCCCCACACACCUGCUAACCGGGUGGUGGUAAUGCCCCGGGGGGAGAGAUACGCGCUGGACGUGCCGGUGGCUGGGUCCCCCCGAAGAGCCAAGUCUCAACUACUCAAGGUAAGAGGAAGGUGAAUGAAACUUGAAACUUGAAUGUGUCAUAGCAGGUUUAUGUCAUUUUUUAUGACAGUAUUUUGCGUGGGUGAUAAUGGCAGAUUAAGACCGUUAACUGCAGUGUGUGUGUUGUGUUCGCCAGGCUGCCACCAUCGAGAGACGGUCCAUGCCUUCCUCCAGCUACAUCACACACACGGUCAGCGCGCCCAGCCUUCACGGGAAAACGGUAUGGACUCACACACCCAGUCACAACCCAAACGUGUUGUGUUAGAUUACGACAUGAAGUCAAGGAUCCAGUGUUUCUUGAAUAACAUGGACACUUUGCAAUUAGCUUAACUUAUCUACAGUACUUCUUUACAAGGACAACUAUGGGAUGUGAACCAGCAACAUUCUGCUCCAUACAGAUUUCAGGUUUCUGAUAUACACUGAACAAAAAUAUAAACAUAUAAGGAAAUCAGUCAAUUUAAAUGAAUUCAUUAGGCCCUAAUCUAUGGAUUUCACAUGACUGGGAAUACAGAUACAGUGCAUUCGGAAAGUAUUCAGACCCCUUGACUUUUUCCAAAUGUUGUUACUUUACAUCCUUAUUCUAAAAUGGAUUUAAUUGUUUUUUUCGCUCAUCAAUCUACACACAAUACCUCAUAAUGACAAAGCAAAAACAGGUUUUUAGAAUCUUCUGCUUUUUACCCUUUACUCCGUACUUUGUUGAAGCACCUUUGGCAGCAAUGACAGCCUCGAGUCUUCUUGGGUAUGACGCUACAAGCUUGGCACACCUGUAUUUGGGGAGUUUCUCCCAUUCUUCUCUGCAGAUCCUCUCAAGCUCUGUCAGGUUGAGUGGGGAGCGUCGCUGCACAGCUAUUUUCAGGUCUCUCCAGAGAUGUUCGAUCGGGUUCAAGUCCGGGCUCUGGCUGGGCCACUCAUGGACAUUCAGAGACUUGUCCCAAAGCCACUCCUGUGUUGUCUUGACUGUGUGCUUAGGGUCGUUGUCCUGUUGGAAGGUGAACCUUCGCCCCAGUCUGAGGUCCUGAGCGCUCUAGAGCAGGUUUUCAUCAAAGAUCGCUCUGUACUUUGCUCUGUUCAUCUUUCCCUCGAUCCUGACUAGUCUCCCAGUACCUGCUCCUGAAAAACCUCCCCACAGCAUGAUGCUGCCACCACCAUGUUUCACCGUAAGGAUGGUGCCAGGUUUCCUCCAGACGUGACGCUUGGUAUUCAGGCCAAAGAGUUCAAUCUUGGUUUCAUCAGAACAGAGAAUCUUGUUUCUCAUGGUCUGAGAGUCCUUUAGAUGCAUUUUGGCAAACUCCAAGCAGGCUGUCUCAUGUGCCUUUUACUGAGGAGUGGCGUCUGGCCACUCUACCAUAGAGUGCUGCAGAGAUGGUUGUCCUUCUGGAAGGUUCUCCGGUCUCCACAGAGGAACUCUGCAGCUCUGUCAAAGUGACCAUCGGGUUCUUGGUCACCUCCCUGACCAAGGCCCUUAUCCCCCAAUUGCUCAAUUUGGCCGGGCGGCCAGCUCAAGGAAGAGUCUUGGUGGUUCCAAACUUCUUCCAUUAAAGAAUGAUGGAGGCCACUGUGUUCUUGGGGACCUUCAAUGCUGCAGUAAUUUUUUGGUUCCCUUCCCCAGAUCUGUGCCUCCACACAAUCCUGUCUCUGAGUUUUUGCUCUGACAUGCACUGUCAAUUGUGGGACCUUUAUAUAGACAGGUGUGUGCCUUUCCAAAUCAUGUCCAAUCAAUUGAAUUUACCACAGGUAGACUCCAAUCAAGUUGUAGAAACAACUCAAGGGUGAUCAAUGGAAACAGGAUGCACCUGAGCUAAAUGUCGAGUCUCAUAGCAAAGGGUCUGAAUAAUUACUUAUGUAAAUAAGAUAUUUCUGUUUUAUUUAUUUUUUAUACAUUUGUAAAAAUGUAUUUCAACCUGUUUUCGCUUUGUCAUUAUGGGGUGUUGUGUGUAGAUUGAUGAGGAAAAACAUUAAUUUAAUCAAUUUUACAAUAAGGCUGUAACGUCACAAAGUGGAAAAAGUCAAGGGGUCUGAAUACUUUCCAAAUCCACUGUAUGCAUCUGUUGGUCACAGAUACCUUAAAAAAAUAGAUAGGGGUGUGGAUCAGAAAACCAGUCAUUAUAUCUGGUGUGACCACCAUUUGCGACAUGCAGCACGACACAUCUCCUUCGCAUAGAGUUGAUCAGGCUGAUUGUGGCCUUUGGAAUGUUGUCCCACUCCUCUUCAAUGGCUGUGCGAAGUUGCUGGAUAUUGGCAGGAACUGGAACACGCAGUCGUAGACUUCGAUCCAGAGCAUCUCAAACAUGUUCAUUGGGUGACAUGUCUGGUGAGUAUGCAGGCCAUGGAAGAACUGGGACAUAUUCAUCUUCCAGGAAUUGUGUACAGAUUCUUGCGACAUGGGGCUGUGCAUUAUCAUGCUGAAACAUGAGGUGAUGGCGGCAGAUGAAUGGCACGACAAUGGGCCUCAGGAUCUCGUCACAGUAUCUCUGCAUUCAAAUUGCCAUCGAUAAAAUGCAAUUGUUUUUGUUGUCCGUAGCUUAUGCCUGCCCAUACCAUAACCCCACUGCCACCAUGGGGCACUCACAUCAGCAAACCGCUCGCCCACAUGAUGCCAUCUGCCCGGUACAGUUGAAACCGGAAUUAAUCCGUGAAGAGCACACUUCUCCAGCGUGCCAGUGGCCAUCGAAGGUGAGCAUUUGCCCACUGAAGUCGGUUACGAAGCCGAACUGCAGUCAGUUCAAGCCCCUGCUGAGGACGAGAGGAGGACGACGAGCACGCAGAUAAGCUUCCCUGAGACGGUUUCUGACAGUUUGUGCAGAAAUUCUUCGGUUGUGCAAACCCAUAGUUUCAUCAGCUGCCCGGUGGCUGGUCUCAAACGAUCCCACAGGUAAAGAAGCCGGAUGUGGAGGUCCUGGGCUAGCGUGGUUACACAUGGUCUACUGUUUCUAAAACUACAUUGGAGGCGGCUUAUGGUAGAGAAAUCCACAAUUAAAUUAUUUGGCAACAGCUCUGGUGGGCAUUCCGGCAGUCAGCAUGCCAAUUGCACGCUCCCUCAAAACUUGAGACAUCUGUGACAUUGUGUUGUGUGACAAAACUGCAUAUUUUAGAGUGGCCUUUUAUUGUCCCCAGCACAAGGUGCACCUGUGUAAUGAGCAUGCUGUUUAAUCAGCUUCUUGAUAUUCCACACCUGUCAGGUGGAUGGAUUAUCUUGGCAAAGGAGAAAUGCUCACUAACAGGGGUGUAAACAAAUUUGUUGCCAAGAUUUGAGAGAAAUAAGCUUUUCGUGCUAUGGAAAAUUUCUGGGUCUUUUAUUUCAGCUCUUGAAACAUGGGAUCAACACUUUACAUGUUGCGUUAAUUUUUUUGUUCAGUGUAGAUACAGGUAUUUGAAUGGCUGCCGUGUUGGUAUCAAAAGUUCCAAAACAAUAUACUUGGAAAGUGGAUUGCGUCCUUUUCUGUAAAAUGUAAACACAACUGGAAACACAUUUGUUUUGUCAUGUUAUUAACACAAGUAUUACUUUAGCUAGUAAAAGAGUGCAGGAGUGGUGGCUAACUAACUCUAAAUAACUUUAGCUAGUUAAAUACCCUGGCUAACAGUGGGGUGAAACAUUUUAGCUAGUUUGCUACUCUACAGCUUUCUUUGCUAGCAAGCGUAACACUGCCUCCAAAACUGGUGACUCCACUACUAUUUACAGUUUGACUUUUUUGAUGUCUCCACUUUCCCUAGCGUUCCAGUAAGAUUGCAUAGUUUGAAUGUAAAUGGAAUAGAACUUUUGGUGCUAACAUGACCGACAGUUGAACCUAACUAUAUAGAUUCUAUACAGCUCUGAGUAUCUUUGCUAACCAUUGAGUGGUCUGUCUGUGUUGGGGUGUUGAGUUAAUUCCCCCAUUCCCUCCCUCUGUCCCCCGAGGGACACACUACUGUUACGCAUGCAGCCUGAGGAGCUCACCCUCCUGCUCAUUCAGCUCCGGAGGCAUCAGGCAAAGAUGGCCGCCGCGCGCCACCACACGCUAUCCCAGCUGCAGCACUUCAACUACAGCCCCUCUGGCCCCCACCUCCUUACCACCAAAAACAACCCUCUCUUCUCCUCCGGCCCUUAUCUGGGGCCCUUACUAGGCCCCUCAGGCCCCAUGGGCCAUGGCAGCAGCAGCCAGGUGGGGGCCCCCAGUACGCCUGGUCUUCUUUACCCCACCAAUGUAAGCUCAACCUGGGCAUGGCUGUUUGUGAGCGUUGACCUGUGCUGGCUGCCCCCCAUAGUCCCGUUCUAUAUGAUUUGAUUUGUUUCAUUAUUAUAGUGUCUUGCAUCUUCAAGAUGCCCAGCCCACAUGAGCUCAUAAGACACUGUAUCCACAGUAGCAAAGACAUUUAUAAUAUAUGCACGCAUAAAUUAUAUUCAUUCAUAUACAGUGCCUUGCAAAAGUAUUCAGACCCCUUGGAUUUAUUCACAUUGUGUUACAAAUUGUUUUAAUUGAAUUGUAAUUUUUUGUCAACAAUCUUUUACAAAAUAAUCUGUAAUGUCACAGUGCAAGAAAAAGUAUACAUUUAAAAAAUAUAUUAAUAGAAAUUAAAUAACUAAAAUAUAGUCUUUGCAUAAGUAUACAGCUCCCUGAGUCAAUACAGGUUAGAAACACCUUUGGCAUUGAUUACAGCUGUGAGUCUUCUUGCAAAAGUCUAUAAGAGCUUUACACACCUGGAUUGUGCAAUAUUUGCCCAUUAUUCUUUUAAAAAUUCGUCAAGCUCUGUCUAGAUGUUGGGGGUCAUGGCUAGACAGCCAUUUUCAAGUCUUGCCAUAGAUUCUCAAGCAGAUUUAAGUUAAAACUGUAAUUUGGCUACUCAGGACAAUUCCCUGUCUUAUUGGUAAGUAACUCCAGUGUAGAUUUGGCCUUGUGUUGUAGGUUAUUGUCUUGCUGAAAGGUGUUUUCCUUUCCCAGUCUCUGGUGUAAAGCAGACUAAAGCAAGUUUUCCUCUAGGAUUUUGCCUGUGCUUAGCUCCAUUCUGUUUCUUUUUAUCUUGGAAAAACUUGCCUAUGUCAAGCAUACCCAGACCAUGAUGCAGCCACAACCAUGCUUGAAAAUAAGGAAGCAGUUACUCAGUUGUGAAGGAUUUGCAUUUAGGCCAAAAGUGUAUUCCUUUGCAGUGUUUUUUUUUUGCAGUAUUACUUUAGUGCCUUGCAUACAAGAUGCAUGUUUUGGUAUAUUUUUAUUCUGUAUAUUUCUGUUCUUCUUUUCACUCUGUCAUUUAGGUCAUUAUUGUGGAAUAACGACAAUGUUGUUGAUCCAUCCUCAGUUUUCUACCAUCACAGAAUUCUGUAGCUGUUUUAAAAUCCCCAGUGACCUCAUGGUAACAUCCCUGAGCAGUUUCAUUCCUGUCCUGCAGCUCAGUUCAGAAGGAUGACUGUAUCUUUUAUGUGUCUUGGUGGUUUAAAUACAGUAUAAUACACAGCAUAAUUAUUAACCUACUGUCUGAUUUGUUAUUGUUACCCAUCUACCAACCACUGUCCUUAUUUAUGAGGCUUUUGAUAAGCUCCCUGGUCUUUGUAGUUGAAUCUUCGCUUGGAAUUCAAUACUUGACUGAGGGACCUUACAGAUGUUGUAUGUAUGGGGGACAGAGGAAGAGUUAGUCAUUCAAAAAUCAUGUCAACCCCUAUACAGUGAGGGAAAAAAGUAUUUGAUCCCUUGCUGAUUUGUAUGUUUGCCCACUGACAAAUAAAUGAUCAGUCUAUAAUUUUAAUGGUAGGUUUAUUUGAACAGUGAGAGACAGAAUAACAACAACAAAAAUCCAGAAAAAUGCAUGUCAAAAAUGUUAUAAAUUGAUUUGUAUUUUAAUGAGGGAAAUAAGUAUUUGACCCCCUCUCAAUCAGAAAGAUUUCUGGCUCCCAGGUGUCUUUUAUACAGGUAACGAGCUGAGAUUAGGAGCACACUCUUAAAGGGAGUGCUCCUAAUCUCAGUUUGUUAUCUGUAUAAAAGACACAUGUCCACAGAAGCAAUCAAUCAAUCAGAUUCCAAACUCUCCACCAUGGCCAAGACCAAAGAGCUCUCCAAGGAUGUCAGGGACAAGAUUGUAGACCUACACAAGGCUGGAAUGGGCUACAAGACCAUCGCCAAGCAGUUUGGUGAGAAGGUGACAACAGUUGGUGCGAUUAUUCGCAAAUGGAAGAAACACAAAAUAACUGUCAAUCUCCCUCGGCCUGGAGCUCCAUGCAAGAUCUCACCUCGUGGAGUUGCAAUGAUCAUGAGAAUGGUGAGGAAUCAGCCCAGAACUACACGGGAGGAUCUUGUCAAUGAUCUCAAGGCAGCUGGGACCAUAGUCACCAAGAAAACAAUUGGUAACACACUACGCCGUGAAGGACCUGAAAUCCUGCAGUGCCCGCAAGGUCCCCCUGCUCAAGAAAGCACAUAUACAGGCCCGUCUGAAGUUUGCCAAUGAACAUCUGAAUGAUUCAGAGGAGAACUGUGUGAAAGUGUUGUGGUCAGAUGAGACCAAAAUGGAGCUCUUUGGCAUCAACUCAACUCGCCGUGUUUGGAGGAGAAAGAAUGCUGCCUAUGACCCCAAGAACACCAUCUCCACCAUCAAACAUGGAGGUGGAAACAUUAUGCUUUGUGGGUGUUUUUCUGCUAAGGGGACAGGACAACUUCACCGCAUCAAAGGGAUGAUGGACGUCAAAUCUUGGGUGAGAACCUCCUUCCCUCAGCCAGGACAUUAAAAAUGGGUCGUGGAUGGGUAUUCCAGCAUGACAAUGACCCAAAACACACGGCCAAGGCAACAAAGGAGUGGCUCAAGAAGAAGCACAUUAAGGUCCUGGAGUGGCCUAGCCAGUCUCCAGAUCUUAAUCCCAUAGAAAAUCUGUGGAGGGAGCUGAAGGUUCGAGUUGCCAAACGUCAGCCUCGAAACCUUAAUGACUUGGAGAAGAUCUGCAAAGAGGAGUGGGACAAAAUCCCUCCUGAGAUGUGUGCAAACCUGGUGGCCAACUACAAGAAAUGUCUGACCUCUGAUUGCCAACAAGGGUUUUGCCACCAAGUACUAAGUCAUGAUUUGCAGAGGGGUCAAAUACUUAUUUCCCUCAUUAAAAUGCAAAUCAAUUAAUAAAAUUUUUGACAUGCGUUUUUCUGGAUUUUGUUGUUGUUAUUCUGUCUCUCACUGUUCAAAUAAACCUACCAUUAAAAUGAUAGACUGAUCAUGUCUUUGUCAGUGGGCAAAUGUACAAAAUCAGCAGGGGAUCAAAUACUUUUUUCCCUCACUGUAAGUCUAUGUAACGUAUGUGAUUUGUUAAGCCAAAUUUUACUCCUGAAUUAAUUUAGGCUUGCCUAAACAAAACGACUAUAUUUUAGUUAGUUAGCUAUAUUUUUGUUAUUUCUAGUUAUGAUUUUAGUUAUAAUUUUUCUUGCGUAAUUUGUGUAGAUUGUUGACAGAAAAUGACAAUUAAAUCCAUUUUAAUCCCACUUUGUAAUACAAUAACAUUUGAAGAAAUCCAACGGGUCUGAAUACUUUGCAAGGCACUGUACAUAUAUACUGUACAUUCAAAUGAAAAACUGAAAAACUAAACAAAAACCUGCUAUUUCAGUUAUAUAGCUUAUCUUGACGUACAGUAUCUUCCAUGCUUUUGAAACAAAAUGUGCAACCAGGAACACUUAUUUUCUAAAUAACCGUUCCAGUUUCUCUUCGUCUCUAACCCAGAAUAGUUCUGGUUUCAGUUGUUACAUUUGAUCAAACAAGGCUAUAAGGCCGUAGCAGCCUGUAGUGGUGGUUUUUGCACUCCAAGUUAGGCUAUGUUGUAGUGCCGGAUUGUGUGUUAGCAUGUCGUGUUGUGCUAGCUAGCUUCCAUACAGUCAUCCCAGGCUAAGACUGUCUGGUUGACUUUAGAUACAGUUCUAUUUUUUAAAUCUGCCUGGACUGUCUCUCGCUCAUUUUCAGUGUUUUUUUAAGUGUGUUUGGCUGAGAUGUUGCUAGUUUGCUUCAAAGUGGAGCCAUUUUUGAUCUUGGAGCGGCUGCUUGUAGUGUGCUUCCAUUUUGUAUGUGCACGUCUUGCAUCUCUGAUGGCAUAACAUUGAGAAGCUCAUAAAUAAAUGUGAUGUGCCAAUACUUAGGAAUGCAUACUUUAUAUCUGUCUGGGUCUGUGUGUGUGCGUGGGUGCUUUGGAUGACAACAUUAACUUUUUCCCCAUUUUUCUUUUUACUCAUCUUAUAACAAGCCUAACAGAUGACAUUCAUCCAAAUGCAUAUUCUUGACAAUAGACUUACAAUCAUCUCACCUUUUAAUUCCUAAUCCAUUAUGAAAUCAUUAUAACACAUCAUGGUAGAUUUGACGUUAAUGAGUAGUGCUAUAUAAUCAUAUGGAGUAUCAGUGAUUCAUUCAGCAACUAAUAACCCCACUAUACAGUUAGAUCUAUAAUAUGGAAGCGUAUAGCUGUCAAAAUGUUGUACGCUUCCAUACUGUAAUGCCGUAAAGCUUUGAUUGACACUUCUUUAUCUCUCCACUCUACCCCGAAGGUUGAUGAUACAUACAUGCAACUGAAGAAGGACCUGGAGUAUCUAGACUUGAAGGUGGGAAUGCUCUCUCUCCUCCAGUUUCCCUUUUUUCCUCCUCAUCCCUCUCUUUCUCCUCUUCUGUGUUUCCCCCUCUCGUGGAGGCCUAAUUUAAUAGAGUAGGGUGAAGUUGGAUCAGUUUUGUAUUUCCCCUACUAAUGGUUAAGGUUUGGAUUGGGGGAGGGGAGGGGAGGGGAAGCUGAUCAUGGAUCUGUACCUAGGGGAAAUUCACCCUGGAGCUAGGCCUAAUGCCUGGCCAAAGAUCUCGAACGUUAACACACUCACCUUACUACUCACUGGAUGACCAACACAUGUUGUAUCUCGGGGUAGAGCUGAGAAUGACAUGGCAUGAAUGGGGAUUAACAAAACGCGAAACUUGGUAAAAGAACAAGCACACGGGAUGUUUAAGGAAAUACACUGCUCAAAAAAAUAAAGGGAACACUAAAAUAACACAUCCUAGAUCUGAAUGAAUGAAAUAAUAUUAUUAAAUUGUUUUUUCUUUACAUAGUUGAAUGUGCUGACAACAAAAUCACACAAAAAUUAUCAAUGGAAAUCAAAUGUAUCAACCCAUGGAGGUCUGGAUUUGGAGUCACCCUCAAAAUUAAAGUGGAAAACCACACUACAGGCUGAUCCAACUUUGAUGUAAUGUCCUUUUAACAAGUCAAAAUGAGGCUCAGUAGUGUGUGUGGCCUCCACUUGCCUGUAUGACCUCCCUACAACGCCUGGGCAUGCUCCUGAUGAGGUGGCGGAUGGUCUCCUGAGGGAUCUCCUCCCAGACCGGGACUAAAGCAUCCGCCAACUCCUGGACAGUCUGUAGUGCAACGUGGCGUUGGUGGAUGGAGCGAGACAUGAUGUCCCAGAUGUGCUCAAUUGGAUUCAGGUCUGGGGAACGGGCGGGCCAGUCCAUAGCAUCAAUGCCUUCCUCUUGCAGGAACUGCUGACACACUCCCGCCACAUGAGGUCUAGCAUUGUCUUGCAUUAGGAGGAACCCAGGGCCAACCGCACCAGCAUAUGGUCUCACAAGGGGUCUGAGGAUCUCAUCUCGGUACCUAAUGGCAGUCAGGCUACCUCUGGCGAGCACAUGGAGGGCUGUGCGGCCCCCCAAAGAAAUGCCACCCCACACCAUGACUGACCCACCGCCAAACCGGUCAUGCUGGAGGAUGUUGCAGGCAGCAGAACGUUCUUCACGGCGUCUCCAGACUCUGUCACGUCUGUCACAUGUGCUCAGUGUGAACCUGCUUUCAUCUGUGAAGAGCACAGGGCGCCAGUGGCGAAUUUGCCAAUCUUGGUGUUCUCUGGCAAAUGCCAAACGUCCUGCACGGUGUUGGGCUGUAAGCACAACCCCCACCUGUGGACGUCGGGCCCUCAUACCACCCUCAUGGAGUCUGUUUCUGACCGUUUGAGCAGACACAUGCACAUUUUUGGCCUGCUGGAGGUCAUUUUGCAGGGCUCUGGCAGUGCUCCUCCUGCUCCUCCUUGCACAAAGGCGGAGGUAGCAGUCCUGCUGCUGGGUUGUUGCCCUCCUACGGCCUCCUCCACUUCUCCUGAUGUACUGGCCUGUCUCCUGGUAGCGCCUCCAUGCUCUGGACACUACGCUGACAGACACAGCAAACCUUCUUGCCACAGCUCGCAUUGAUGUGCCAUCCUGGAUGAGCUGCACUACCUGAGCCACUUGUGUGGGUUGUAGACUCAGUCUCAUGCUACCACUAGAGUGAAAGCACCGCCAGCAUUCAAAAGUGACCAAAACAUCAGCCAGGAAGCAUAGGAACUGAGAAGUGGUCUGUGGUCACCACCUCCAAAACCAGUCCUUUAUUGGGGGUGUCUUGCUAAUUGCCUAUAAUUUCCACCUGUUGUCUAUUCCAUUUGCACAACAGCAUGUGAAAUGUAUUGUCAAUCAGUGUUGCUUCCUAAGUGGACAGUUUGAUUUCACAGAAGUGUGAUUGACUUGGAGUUACAUUGUGUUGUUUAAGUGUUCCCUUUAUUUUUUUGAGCAGUGUAUAUGCAUUAAUAACUAGCUUACUAAUAUUUACAAAUGUGUGAGAGAGAGCGAGAGAGAGAGACUGACACAUGUACUGCCAGUUUAUUUAUAUUUUGGCUCUAUAUUAUACACUGAGUGUACAAAACAUUAAGGAUUCUACAAGGUGUUGAAAGAGUUCCACAGGGAUGCUGGUCCAUUUUAACGCCAAUGCUUUCCACAGUUGUGUCAAGUUGGCUAGAUGACCUUUGGGUGGUGGACCAUUCUUGAUACACACAGGAAACUGUUGAGCGUGAAAAACCCAGCAGCGUUGCAAUUCUUUACACAAACCGGUGCGCCUGGCACCUACUACCAUACCCUGUUUAAAGGCAUUUAAAUAUUUUCAUUCCCAAUCACCCUCUGAAUGGCACACAUACACAAUCCAUGUCUCAAUGGUCUCAAGGCUUUAAAAUCCUUAUUUAACCUGUCUCCUCCCCUUCAUCUACACUGAUUGAAGUGGAUUUAACAAAUUACAUCAAUAAGGGAUCAUAGCUUUCACCUGGAUUCACCUGGUCAGUCUAUGCCAUGGAAAGAGCAGGCAUCCUUAAUGUUUUGUAUACUCAGUGUACAGCUGCUUACCAAGAUGACAUUUGAAUGUUCCUGAGUGGCCUAGUUGCAGUUUUAAUCGCUGUCUAGCAAUGAUCAACAACCAAUUUGACAGAGCUUGAAGAAUUUUAUUGUAAAAUCCAGGUGUGCAAAGCUCUUAGAGACUUACCCAGAAAGACUCACAGCUGUAAUAGCUGCCGAAGGUGACUCUAACGUGUUGACUCAGGGGUGUGAAAACGUAUGUAAAUGAGAUAUUUCUGUAUUUAAUUUUCAAUACAUUUUCUAGAAUUUCUAAAAACAUGUUUUCACUUUGUUAUUAUGGGGUAUUGUGUGUAGAUGGGUAAAAACCAGACAUUUUGAAUUCAGGCUGUAACAACGAAAUGUGUAUUAAGCCAAGGAAUAUGAAUACUUUCUGAAAGCACUACAUAUUUCAAAUUAGUGCAUGUCAAGUGUUCCCCCCUGCCCACUUAGCGAAAGUUUUUAAAUAUGAGUCUACAUGGAAUUCAAUAGAAGAAAACAGAGAGAAGGAGAGAGCGAGACUGCCAGUUCCUUAAUGUUUUGGUUGUAUAAUACAGCCAGUGGCUACAUUUAAGGAAAUGUCAGUCUCUCUCUCUCUCCCUUACGCUCUGUUUUGUUUUUCUAUUGAAUUCAAUAUACAACCUUAUGUGUAAGUCAAAGAACGAUGCUGGGACUAGUUUAUGUAGAUACGGCUAGAUUUCAACACUGUGCUUUGUUUGACAGUGUACGUAUUCUUAUCUUUCUGCCAAGAAGUGACAGGCCUUUCAGAUAAUUAAAUAAUCAAGACAUAGGCGGACUUUCCAGCCUUCAGUGGCGAUGGCUAUGUAAAGUCAUCCGACACCAGAGUCACUUCUUACUACAGCUCAUAAACCCACUCGCUGGGCUGAAGAGACUGAGAUUCAGAAGCGAAUAAACAUUGAUAAAAAAAAAAAUGCACUUUAUUGUAAUACAUGAUGCCUUGUGUUUAGUAAAAAGGACUGUAUUAAUGUCUAGUAGAUGGCUACAAACACACUAAAGCAGGAAGCACCAGUGACUCGGUUAAUAAGGAAGUGGUCAGAUGACGCAGAUGCUAAGCUACAGGACUGUUUUGCUAGCACAGACUGGAAUAUGUUCCGGGAUUCUUCCGAUAGCAUUGAGGAGUACACCACAUCACUGGCUUCAUCAAUAAGUGCAUCGAUGACGUCGUCCCCACAGUGACCGUACGUACAUACCCCAACCAGAAGCAAUGGAUUACAGGCAACAUCCGCACUGAGCUAAAGGGUAGAGCUGCCGCUUUCAAGGAGUGGGACUCUAACCCGGACGCUUAUAAGAAAUCCUGCUAUGCCCUCCGACUAACCAUCAAACAGGCAAAGAACACCUACGUGAGAAUGCUCUUCAUUGACUACAGCUCAGUGUUCAACACCAUAGUGCCCUCAAAGUUCAUCACUAAGCUAAGGACCCUGGGACUAAACACCUCCCUCUGCAACUGGAUCCUGGACUUCCUGACGGGCCGCCCCCAGGUGGUAAGGGUAGGUAACAACAUAUCUGCCACGCUGAUCCUCAACACGGGGGCCCCUCAGGGGUGCGUCCUCAGUCCCCUCCUGUACUCCCUGUUCACCCAUGACUGCAUGGCCAUGCACGACUCCAACACCAUCAUUAAGUUUGCCAACGACACAACAGUGGUAGGCCUGAUCACAGACAACGAUGAGACAGCCUAUAGGGAGGAGGUCAGAGACCUGGCCACGUGGUCCCAGGAUAACAACCUCUCCCUCAAUGUGAUCAAGACAAAGGAGAUGAUUGUGGACUACAGGGAAAAAAAGAGGACUGAGCACACCCCAUUCUCAUCGACGGGGCUGUAGUGGAACAGGUUGAGAGCUUCAAGUUCUUUGGUGUCCACAUCACCAACAAACUAUCAUGGUCCAAACACACCAAGACAGUCGUGAAGAGGGCACGACAAAACCUAUUCCCCCUCAGGAGACUGAAAAGAUUUGGCAUGGGUCUUCAGAUCCUCAAAAGGCCUCCGACCGCAAGGCACUACAGAGGGUAGUGCGUACGGCCCAGUACAUCACUGGGGCCAAGCUUCCUGCCAUCUAGGACCUCUAUACCAGGCGGUGUCAGAGGAAGGCCCUCAAAAUUGUCAAAGACUCCAGCUACCCUAGUCAUAGACUGUUCUCUCUGCUAUCGCACGGCAAGCGGUACCGGAGCGCCAAGUCUUGGUCCAAAAGGCUUCUUAACAGCUUCUACCCCCAAGCCAUAAGACUCCUGAACAGCUAAUCAUGGCUACCUGGACUAUUUGCAUUGCAUAAUAGAAAAACAAUUCCUCAUCUAUCUACACACAAUACCCCAUAAUAACAAAGUGAAAACAAGUUUUUAGACAUUUUUGUAAAUGUAUUAAUAAUAAAAAACAGAUACCUUAUUUACAUAGGUAUUCAGACCCUUUGCUAUGAGACUCGAAAUUGAGCUCCGGUGCAUCCUGUUUCUAUUGAUCAUCCUUGAGAUGUUUCUACAAUUUGAUUGGACUCCACCUGUGGUAAAUUCAAUUGAUUGGACAUGAUUUGGAAAGGCACAUGCCUGUCUAUAAAAGGUUCCACAGUUGACAGUGCAUGUCAGAGCAAAAACCAAGCAAUGAGGUCGAAGGAAGGCUGUAACAUAACAAAAUGUGGAAAAAGUCAAGGGGUCUGUAUACUUUCCGAGUGCACUGUAUAUAAUAUUUGUUAUUUUAUUUUUUGUCAAUUUCGACCAGCCAACCCAAAUUAAAGAUGGACCGGCCCUUCUGGCAUUUGCCAGAAUUGCCAGACGGCCAAUCCGCCCUUGCACAACAUGACCAUAAUGCAGACUCCAUACUGUUGUAAAUAUGACAUAACAGUUGGUAUACGAACGGGUAUAUUCAAAUGAAUGGUCAAAUUGCUAACUUGCUUAUAGCAAACGGCAGCCGUUUAACAGUGGCUCUUUAUCUCCUAUUUGACGCAGAUAAAAAGUUUAGAGCCGUUCAUCCUCAUGGCUCACAGUGUGCUACUGCACUGCACUGCCGGGCCCCUCAGGCCCCUAUGGAACGUAAGCACUGGGGACACACUGUGUAUGUAUGUGCGUGUGUGUGUAUGCAGUGCUUUGUAAAAGUAUUCAUCCCCCUUGGCGUUUUUCCUAUUUUGUUGCAUUACAACCUGUAAUUUAAAUUGAUUUUAUUUGGAUUUCAUGUAAUGGACAUACACAAAAUAGUCCAAAUUGGUGAAGUGAAAUGAAAAAAAAUAGCUUGUUAAAAAAAAAUCUUUAAAAAAAAUAACGGAAAAGUGGUGCGUGCAUAUGUAUUCACCCCCUUUGCUAUGAAGCCCCUAAAUAAGAUCUGGUGCAACCAAUUACCUUCAGAAGUAAAUGUCUUGGAAUGGCCUAGUCAAAGCCCAGACCUCAAUCUAAUUGAGAAUCUGUGGUAUGACUUAAAGAUUGCUGUACACCAGCGGAACCCAUCCAACUUGAAGGAGCUGGAGCAGUUUUGCCUUGAAGAAUGGGCAAAAAUCCCAGUGGCUAGAUGUGCCAAGCUUAUAGAGACAUACCCCAAGAGACUUGCAGCUGUUAUUGCUGCAAAAGGUGUCUCUACAAAGUAUUGACUUUGGGGGGGUGAAUAGUUAUUGCACGCUCAAGCUUUCUGUUUCUUUGUCUUAUUUCUUGUUUGUUUCACAAGAAAAAAUAUUUUGCAUCUUCAAAGUGGUAGGCAUGUUGUGUAAAUCAAAUGAUACAAACCCCCCAAAAAUCAAUUUUAAUUCCAAGUUGUAAGGCAACAAAAUAGAAAAAAUGCCAAGGGGGGUGAAUACUUUCGCAAGCCACUGUACAUGUUUAUGAGAGAGAUCAUCCCAUCGCUUAAAACUGUGUGUCUAUGUCCAUGGCUGUGUGUGGGUACUGGCUUGGCAUUGACCCCUCUGUAACCCCUGACUCUCGACUCCUCUGUGACGUGAUUGGUGGUUCUGGCCUGGGAUGGCUCUGCAGUGCAUGUGCAGUGGUUCGGUGGUUGAAAAGCUAGCUGCUUGCACCAUCCUCCUGUUGAUCUAUCAAACAUAUCUCCUUGAUAUAUCCCCAGUACAACACAUCAAAACACAGCAUGUUUACCCUGAACCCAGUUGGUUCAGAAUAUACUCUAGGAAUGCAAAAAAACAAAUGUUGUACAAAUCUAUGUAUUUCCAACACUGGGAGUAUUGUAAGGAGUAGCCUAAGUAGCAGUGUCUCAUUCCAUUUUUGUUUUAAAAUGGGUUUGUUGUCCAUCUUCUUGUGAUGCAGGGACAUGAAAAGAUAUGGAGAGAAAAAAAAUGUAAUCGAUGGCCAUUGUUAUGAGUGGCGUUCAUGCAAAGAUCUUCUUUGUCUCUCUGUGUCAUAUAGGCUGCAUUUGUCAAUGGCUAUUUUCUUACUUUCUCUAAGCCAUCAUGGUUAGUUCACGGUUGGUUUCCUCAUUGUGCUUUCAGUGUAACUUUUCAGUAUCCUCAACAACCAAUAUCCCUACCAGAAGAUACACUCAGUGGCCAGUUUAUUAGGUACACCCAUCUAGUACCGGGUUGGACCCCCCUUUGCUUCCAGAACAGCCAGAAUUCUUCGGGGCAUAGAAACGUUGGUCAAUUGGUAUCAAGGGACCAACCAUUACACCACGGCCACCAGCCUGUACCGUUGACACCAGGCAGGAUGGGGCCAUGGACUCAUGCUGCUUAGCCAAAUCCUGACUCUAUCAUCAGCAUGACGCCAGUUAGCUUGCACGAUUCAUACCAUUCUCCUUCGACCUCUCAUCAACGAGCUGUUUUCACCCACAGGACUGCCACUGACUGAAUGUUUUUUGUUUGUUGCACCAUUCUCUGUAAACUCUAGACACUGUCGUGCGUGAAAAGCCCAGGAGGCCGGCCGUUUCUGAGAUACUGGAACCGGUGCGCCUGGCAACGACGAUCAUAUCACGCUCAAAGUCGCUUAGGUCACCCGUUUUGCCCAUUUUAAUGUUCAAUCGAACAGUAACUGAAUGCCUUGAUGACUGUCUGCCUGCUUUAUAUAGCAAGCCACUGCCACGUGACUCACUGUCUGUAGGAGUGAACCAUUUUCGUGAACGCAGUGGUGUACCUAAUAAACUGGCCACUGAGUGUACAUAGAGCAACAAUAUUUGAAGAUGUAUUUCUUUUCUGGUCCCAAGGUGAUUGGAAGUCAGACGUUGAAAGAAGCAACGAAACCUGUCAGAGUAGCCGAGAGUGAUGUGGAUGUGAGUAUGAGCGAGAAUCACAACAGAGCAGUUUUCCGCAUUGCUCACACACUAAUGCACACAAAUACGCAUACCCACUCUCACAUACUCUCUCUUUCUCUCUCCCACCCGCAACCCUUAACAACAUUUUCACUCCAUAUCCUCUUGUCCCAAAAGGACAUUUUGAGUUUUAGCUUAAAACUUUUCUGGAAGGGUACAGAGAUGAGGAGACUGAUACACUGACUACCAUAGACCCUUAGGGGAAUAGAGUGAGCAAUACAAAUUUAAUAAAUCAAAUCAAAUAAUAAUGAAAUAAGUGUUGACUAGGAUUUAGUGGGCUAUUUACCUCAACUUCAAGAGAAAAAUGUAUGAAGUCGUGAAUCUUUCAGUUCUAUAUUAAAAGCGUAGCAUUAAAAAAAAUAUUUUUCUCCUAUCAGAGUGUAACUACUACAAAAGGAGUUGAAGAGUGUAGCGUUGAUAGCUCGGCACUUUAACAAUUUAUAAGGGUGCCAGGGUUUUUCUAUCCGCACAGACUAUUUCAUGGCAUCAAUAAAGCAAUAUUACUGCGCGUGGAGAAAACCACAAAUACAUGAUGUAUUCAACAGAAUGGCAAAUUGAGCAUAAACACUAUACAUAUGUUUGCGCCUGCGAAAGAUACCAUGCAACUUAAUAUAGUUAUAACUACAAACAAUUAUUAUGCAACUUUAUGUAACAACUUUAAUUAGAUGGAAUACUAUUUGUUCACAUCGAGCGGUGUGUUUGUGAUCUUACUGCCUUCGUGAAAACUGCCGUUUCCCACAAAUAGCCCGUAAAUUGGUAAAUUGAGAGAUGAAGAUCAGUUGAUCCAACCUUUGUCAUGACGUUUGGGUUUCUUAGGGUACGUCCCAAAUGGCACCCUAUUCCCCAAGGACUCUGGUCAAAAGAAGUGCACUGUAUAAGAACUAGGGUGCCAUUUGGGACGCAGCCUUAACCAGGGAUUAAUUAGGAGGACUCUGAGGUUCUGAGACACUUUGACAAAAGGGCAGCGUGGGAUGUGGCGUAUUUGCAUAAAGGGUUUGCUCUGCAUAAUUAUCAGCUAAUGAGACAGGAGAGAGGGAUACGUACACACUUCUGCACGUAGACUUGCACGCACGCACGUACACACACACACACACACACACACACAAACUGGUGAAAUGUUAGAGGGGGAGGAGAUACAUGUACAUGGAGGAAAAUGAUGCACACACACACUGUAGGAAACCGUAGGAAAGAUUGAGACCCACUGUGGACAGGCCAGGUCUGUAACAGCCCUGUCUGUCUCUCUCUGUCUGUCUCACUGUCUGUCCCUGGCCUACAGGUGAAACUCAGUCGGUUAUGUGAGCAGGACAAGACCCUGAAGGAACUGGAGGUCCGGAUCAGCUCACUGAAGGACGAUAAGGUACUGACACUUCAUCUCUAUACUCAUGUGUCUCAUUGCAUUUGGGUCUGGUUUAAUUUGUUAUCAGCCAAGAAAUCAAUGUCAAUUCAAUGUAUGAGGUAAAACAUGUAAAUUAUUCAAAUUUAAAGGGUUUUCUUUUGUAUGGUUUUUCUUCCAUCUUUACAAAAUUGACAGCAUUGUGUGCAUUUCCCGAGUUGAAAUGGAAUUGUCCUUGACCCUGCUGUCUCUGAUAUUGACCUCUAAUCCCUGACCCGUCAGGACAAGCUGGAGUCGGUUCUGGACGUGUCCCACCAACAGAUGGAGCAGUACAGAGAUCAGGCGGCCCACCUGGAGAAGAUAGCCUACCAACAGAGACUCCUACAAGAGGACGUGGUGCACAUCAGGGCCGAGAUCUCCAGUGUGUCCACGGUGAGAUCAUCACACACACCUGUGUGUGGGGGUGGGGUUGGGGGGCCUUACCCAUGCCCACGACGUUCAGGCCCUACCCUACCCAGGACCGAUUGCUUCUGCCAAAUUUAAGGCCCGGCCCUGCCCGAAAUCAGAAAUACCUUAUUCCGUUAGUAAAUCCAUUAGCUUCUCCUCUCUGUCUGUCACUCACUCCCUGCGUGCAGCUCGCUCUGCAUGCGCUAUGCUCAUGACCGCUCUGAGUCUGUGAGUAUCCAUAGCUCCGCUUGGGUUGCUCUGCUCAAUGAAGAGACAUAUGAGCAGUUAGCUGUUAGCUACUUUUCUUCACUCUAAACUCUGACAAAACUCCAGGAACAUUAUUAUUUUCUAUGAAAUAAUCUCUCUUGUCUUGUAUUUGAUGAGGUUGAAGCACUUCUAACACAAAGUUAUGAUUUUAGUCAGAUGUCACAAAGUGCUUAUACAGAAACCCAGCCUAAAACCCCAAACAGCAAGCAAUGUACUCUACCAGGAUGCUGACCUUCUAGGCAGAGUUGCAAAGACAAAGCCAUAUCUCAGACUGGCCAAUACAAAUAAAAUAUUAAGAAGGGCAGUCUGAGAUAUGGCUUUUUCUUUGCAACUCUGCCUAGAAGGUCAGCAUCCCGGAGUCGCCUCUUCACUGUUGACGUUGAGACUGGUGUUUUGCGGGUACUAUUUAAUGAAGCUGCCAGUUGAGGACCUGUGAGGCGACUGUAUCUCAAACUAGACACUAAUGUAUUUGUCCUCUUGCUCAGUUGUGCACCGGGGCCUCCCACUCCUCUUUCUAUUCUGGUUAGAGCCAGUUUGCGCUGUUCUGUGAAGGGAGUAGUACACAGUGUUGUACGAGAUCUUCAGUUUCUUGCCAUUUUCUUGCAUGGAAUAGCCUUCAUUUCUCAGAACAAGAAUAGACUGACAAGUUUCAGAAGAAAGUUUUGUGCCUGUAAUCGAACCCACAAUUGCUGAUGCUCCAGAUACUCAACUAGUCUCAAGAAGGCCUGUUUUAUUGCUUCUCUAAUCAGCACAACAGUUUUCAGCUGUGCUAACAUAAUUGCAUAAGGGUUUUCUAAUGAUCAAUUAGCCUUUUAAAAUGAUCAACUUGGAUUAGCAAACACAACAUGCCAUUGGAACAAAGGACUGAUGGUUGCUGAUAAUGGGCCUCUGUACACCUAUGUAGAUAUUCCAUUAAAAAUCAGCCGUUUCCAGCUACAAUAGCCAAUGUCUAGACUGUAUUUCUGAUCAAUUUGAUGUUAUUUUAAUGGACAAAGAAAUUGCCGUCCUUUCGAAAACAAGGACAUUUCUAAGUGACCCCAAACUUUUGAACGGUAGUGUAGAUGUCGCAGAGCUCUAGUGUGUGUUAUAUACAUGCAGAUCCUAGUGUAUGGUCUUCUGUGUGGCUCUGGCCAACACAUUCCACGCUAUGUGUUUAUGAAAACUCUCUCUUACCCUGCUGCUUCAUGUUGUGUGUAGGAGAUGGCCCGGGCCUGGGAGGAGUACAGCAGGCUGGAGAGCUCAGUGGAGCAGUUGAGGACCGUGCUACAGGCCCACAUGAACCACAGCACCACCCCUCAGGUCAGAGCUGCUACUGCAUCUCAACAUCACUUCAACACAGCUCAGUGCUGUGCAGUGCUGCUAUUCCACUCUACGGGGACAAUGUCCACAGGUGUAGACAUGAACAGAACAUAGAGUUGUUAUUCACUGUUUUGAAGCGUGUACUGUAGACUGGGUGGGUAUACUUUGUUGUUAAGUUGUAUGAGCCAGUGUAUGGAGACCAGCGUAAGGUGUGUGUGUGUGUUCUCUCCUCUCUUCUCUCUUUCUCUUUCUCUCCUCUCCCUCUCUCCUCUCUCUCUCCCUCUCUCUCAUCUCUCUCUCCUCUCCUCUCUCUUUCUCUCUCUCUCUCUCUUCUCUCUCUCUCACUCUCUCUCUCUCGCUCUCUCCUCUCUCUUUCUCUCUCUCUCUCUCUCUCGCUCUCGCUCUCUCUCUCUCUCUCUCUCUCUCUCUCUCUCUUUGCGUGUUUGUGUGUGUACAUGCAUGCGUACGGGUGUUAUGUUUUCCAGCAGGAGAAAACAGAGAUAAAGCGGGAGCUGUGGAGGAUCGAGGAUGUGAUGGCAGGACUGAGUUCCAGCAAAGCCAACUACAAGAUCACAAUCGACUCGGUGCAGAACCCAGGUGGGAGAAAUCACCAACUGUCCAGACAUCCACACCCACCUACUAUGUUUAACCAUAUUUUACUCAAUUCUAUUCAGAUGAAACAACUUUAUUUGUCCCCUUGGGGGAAUUCCUAACUACAAUACACUACAUGGGAGACAAAUGACCAUGGUAGUUUUCCAUACCAGAUAGCCAAAUCUAAUCUCCCUAUACCAUUGUUACAAAACCAACUACACCAAACUACCUCCAUAUCCUAACACUUACCAUGACAGACAAACAAGCACAGAGGUCAGUCAUACCUUCAUUCUUUGCCUGUGUGUGAAUUUGUAGGCACUUUGCCUGUGUUUUUCUGUUUUCCAGAGAGGAAACUAGUGGCUUCAGUGUCGGAUCCUGCAGUGACUUCGCAGAGCGCUACGCCCCCUGUAGGGGAGGUUAGGCCCCCUCCUCGCAGCUCCUACACACUGCCAAAAUGGGUGAGUGGCAGUUGAGUUUGUAAAUCUGGGUUUACUGGGGGAUUCGAACCUGUACAUGGACCAAAGUGGGUGAGUUUAUAAAAGCAGUUAGUCCUGCAUUAGAGUGGAUAUGUAGACAUAGGUUUAAUCAAAGUCAAGCUGUCAAAAGUGUGUGAGUUUGGAGCUACUGUACAAAGAGAUUCUAAAGUAAGUGAGUUGAGGACACGUGACCUGUGCUGUGAAGGGUCAGAAUACUUAAAACACAUUUAACAGUAAAGCUGAAUAGGAAACCUAGAUAGCCCUGAGUUUGUAGAAUGACUCCCUUCUAAUCAGUGGUUGUCUCAAAGCGUUACUAGCUGACAAAUCCUUAAUUCCGCCCACUCCAAUGUCCCUCCCCUCAGGCCUCAUCCUCCAAUGAGUUUUGAGGUACUUGACAAUAAGUACCAAUUGUGACUUACUUCCUGUAUGGGUGUGGCUCUGGUACAGGCAGAAGAUGAGGCUCCUCCCAGACCACCCCUGCCCCACCUCUAUGACAAUGAAGACCCGCCCCCCGCCAUCCCACCCCUCCCCAAAGAGGCGUCGGUGGUAGUAAGACACACGUCGGUUCGCGGGCUCAAACGCCAGUCAGACGAGAGGAAGAGAGACCGAGAGACCGGAGGGUGUGUCAACGGAGACUUUAAGGUCAGGACAAGCCUUUAUUUUAUUUAGUGAUUUAUUGUUAAGACGAGCCUUUGUUGUACUACUAAUGUGUAUGCUGCACGUACAACAGUGCUUUUAUUGGAUGCCGUUUGUAAAGUUGAACAGUCAAUUGUGGCAUUUGCGGUAUCAAAAACACUGCUGUUUUCAGCUGUCACCAUCGAAGCCAGUUUUACAUGACGAUAUCAUACUGUCACUCAGCCAUGUAACUUCCUCAUCACUGAAAUCUCACUGACCAAUGUCACUUUGACGAGAUGCAAAAAGGCUGCAUUCUAUUCCAAAAAGCAGUUCUCUUUCCUCUUCCCUCAUUCACAAAUCUUCAUGCAUCUGAGACAACUGAAUAGGCAAUAUAGCGGGAAUGAGUUGCUAACACACCUUUCCAGUCGUCUCUGAAGGAGAGGGAAUGAGGGUUGAGGGAAAGGCGACAACAUUUUGAAAUGGAAUGCAGCCUUUACCUCAUUGAGAGCAAUAUGUAUUGUAUUAAGUUGACUCGAACCUCACUGAUCUAGUUUGUGACAACUGCAGUAUGAUUGCGUUUCAGGUGGAGCUGCGGUCAUACCUGAGUGAACCAGAACUGCCAGGGAUGGGCCGGAGCAGCACAGGGUCUGCGGGGGGCUACCAGACCCUCCCAAACAAAGGUAUCAUCAGCCUGUUUUAUGCUUACAUUCCACUCUGUGUCUCUACAGAUCAGUGGUGCUGUGUCAGAAUGGGUUUCCCCCCAGGCAUACUGUGACAGUGUUUCCUGUUUCCUGUCCGUAACAGGUCUGUCGGGCUCAUCGUCGAGGCUGAACCAGUCCAGUAACAUCUCCUCCUAUGUGACCCUGAGGAGAGGGGCGGCCGCCUCUGCAGAGAGGGUGAGUCACCACACAUGGGGUCCAUCGCAGAGCCUGCUCUGGUGAAAAGUAGUGCACUAUGUAAGGAAUAGAGAGGAAGAGUCACCAAUCAGAGGAAGGAACGAGAUAUGAGCUUUAUCCAAAUGACACCCUAUUUUCUAUAUAGUGCACUACUUUUGACCAGGGCCAACAAGGCUGACAUUAGCCAUGCAGUAACCUCUUAAUCCUAAGGAGAAAAUUCACCAGACUGAUUGUCUGUCUGCACAGUACUGGGCCGUUUGUCUUUUGCUUGCUGUUUGCCCGGUGUGUUAUAGGGACCACCCGCUGUUGGCGACUUCUGGCUGUCAUUUUGCCUGUUUCUACACGUAGAAUGGGUUUACGGCGGCACUCUGUCCAGAAGAUGCAUCUUUGUUUUUCUUUCUUCCCCCUUUCCUUUACCCCUCUUCCUAUCACACCCCUAUGUCACUACCCAUCUCAUAUCUCUUUCACGAUGUUUCCCUCGCCGAAGAUCCGCGCGAGCGCUCGCUCGAGCGUGGCCAAUCGCUUUCGCACGCGGCGCGCGGGGCACGGCACACACGCGCGCGCGGGCGCAGCGCGCGCGCGCGCGGCGCGCGCGCCACACGCGCGCCGCGCGCACACGGCCGCGGCGCACACGGCGCGCGCACACACGCGCGCGCGCGGCACACACACACGCGCGCGCGCGCGCGCGCACACCGCGCGCGCGUGGUCCACACCUCGCUGCGCUGCGCACACACUUCUCUCUCUCUCUCUCACACUCUCUCUCUCUCUCUCUCUCUCUCACACUCUCUCUCUCUCUCUCACUCUCUGUCCCAGGAGAGACCUAAGAGUGCUUUGGAGCAGCUGUACACCUAUGACCAGCAGCCCCAGCCUCUGGCCCAGGCCCCCCGGGGCCGCAUGAGCGCAGAGGAGCAGCUGGAGCGCAUGAAGAGGCACCAGAGGGCCCUGGUGCGCGAGCGCAAGAGGAACCUCAGCCAGGGAGAACGCCACGCCACCUCCAACACCACUACCCAUCGUUCCUCCUCCUCCACCAGGCCUCUCUCCUCCACUGACCUGGGCUCAGUACGUUACCCCCGCAGCAGAAGCAGGGACCUCUGCCACUGUCACGCCCCUGCCGAACCCCCCACAUAGGUGCCGCCUCCGCAAGUGCUAACAUGCUAAGCGACUAACGCUAACACUAUUUUCCCACCCUCUCCCGCAUGUGUAACCAAUGGCAGUAACUUGAGUAACGUUAGCAUCGUGCUAACACGCUAAGGGCCGGUGGGACUGGCUGGGACAAAGCCGUGGCUGGCUGGGCUGGGCUAUGGAGCAGUUGGACUGAGCGUGGUGGAGGCUGCUUGGGAGAGUAGGGGAGGGGAUAUCUGUCAGAUAUGGACUGUAAGACAGAGCUGUUCCCCAUAUUAAGGUGUAUGGGUUGAGUUAAACCUAUCACUAGUGCCCCCGUGUGGUACCUCACUGACACACACUGAAUGUAUAUCAAGGAGAAGAAGAGAGGGACUGGCUACAGGCAUAGCUCUGCCUUCCCUCUCUCUCUGUCACGAGAAAAGAAAAGCCCAUUUUAUGUACAUUUACACUUAUGUACAUUUGUAUUUAUUUACUGAAGGAUAUUUUCAGUAGCCUCUACAUUUGUAAAAUUAUAUUUUAUAGAGAUUUGAUAAAGUGGGGAUGGGGAAAUGUGUACCAUGUUUGAACAAAUCAACUCGGUGGGAAAUGGAAGGGGCACAAAUCAUUACCAAACCGCCCUGCUCCCUCAAUCUUUCAAAUGAUAUGAAUCGAAUGAAAUCAAAGUGCCUUUUGUUCCUGGUGAAUAAUCAUUCCUCAAUUCCACAAUUCUUCUCACAAAAUUCACCUUUAACCUCACUUUUUCCGCCCUGUUUGUCUUAUGACAUGCUAUGGCUACCACAGAAUCCGAUUUAAAUGAGCUUUCAGAUAGCUGGCGUACUUAUGUUUGAGGUUUCUUGCGCGUGCCAGCCAAGGAGAAUCAACCUUACAAAGACUAAUUAACCAUCUAAUAUAUUAUCUAACAUACAAUCUUAACCAGAUUGCUGUGAGAUCAUCAAUACCCUCAAACUCCUUACUACAUUUGCCAUCAACCCUUGUGUUCCCAGCUCCUACUAACAUUUGGAAGUACGUAGUUCAUCAACUCCUGCUGGUUACUAAGUUUCAUUUUGUAGCCUUCACCAUAAUAGCCAGAUCUUACACUACUUCUCAUUUUAGGCUCCCUCUGUUUUAUCAUUUGAAUUAUUUUAUUCUACCAUGACACACUAAACUGUCACUUAUUCACACCAUUCAGUUUUUAGUUUCUGCUACAUCAACAUUAUCACAGCCUUUUUUUGACUACAACAAAGACUUUUGUACUUGACCGUGGUUGAUCGCUACAGGAGAAGGAAAAGCAAAAUGGCUGCCGCAAGCCUACCGCCAAGGCAGGUGUAAAUUCCACCAUAUUGCUUUUACCGAUCCCAAUUGUAUUUAUUUUUUAUCAGCGAGGAUGAAAAAAUAGCAGAAAGAAAAGGAAGUGACUAGAGACAGAGUGCAUUAUGAAAUGGACAGCUAAUGCUAAAUUAAUCUGUUAAACUGAGAGGCAAUGCACAGCUCCUUCACACCUGUUCUUUUCCAAUGUAGAGAUUUGCACUCGAGAAUAAAAUAAUAUUGCUUCAAUAAAUCACCUCUGGCUGUGUUUUUCCAUUUGGCGGGGUUUUGAUGAACUUAUAUGCAUGUAUUUUCCCUAUGGUGUGUGGUUUUCCUCUGUCCACUGAGCACAAUAACGCAUGUGAUGCACUUUCUCCUCACAGCAUGGGAGGCCUACACACACUGGAGUGGCAAUGAUGCAUGCAUGGGUUUGAGAACUAGGACACACAGAAAAUACACUCAUACAGUACAAACAGAUAUUUACUCAUAACACAAAUGUGUUUAUGUAUGUGUUUGGAAAAGCAAAGGUGUGUGUGUGUGUGUGGUCACAGUUUAAUCAGUAUCCUUUGGUGGUUGGUUCUGAUGAUGCUGUCAUUAAUCUAAUAAUUAAAUCCUCUUUCUGGUAAUCCUGCAAACAAUUAAAUGCAAUGAAGUUGCUGGUGGUGGAAUGGAGAUGCUGUAGGGACCUCCUGUGGUGACAGUGCAGAGCCCAAGAAAGACAAGAUUUCGGAUGCGUGGUCCUCACUCCUCAAGACUUCAUUUGUCCCCGCAACACAGAAGCAGUUCAUCCUCAUAGGACUAGGAAUUGUGCUGUGAAAUCGGCUCCAGAUAGAAUAUACAUUGUUGCAUGUUUUUUCUCUAAGUUCUACACAGGGUGGUCCAAUCUGUGAUGGUAUUGUGUUGUCUCUUAUUGAAGUGAAAUAAUACUUACUUUUUAUUUUGCCUCUGAAAAUGUAUGCACUCACUAACAGUAAGUCGUUCUGGAUAAGAGCGUCUGCUAAAUGACUAAAAUGUAAAACCUAAUGGUCAGGUAAAGUAAUGGUUGUCUGUCUCCCCCUAGUGGAGGCGAGAGCAACUGGACUUUGAUUUGCAGCAGCAGCAGGAGCAGAAAGCUCAGGUGGAAGAGCGACAGGUUGCCGAGGGCCAGAGCGACGAGGGGCGGAGCGAGCUGAAGGAAAUGGAGAGGAUCCAAUCAGACGAGUGGCUCAUGGUGAUGGCCACACCCAUGAGGGAGACAGACAUGGAGCCCCUCGACUACGACCUGGACCUCAGUCGUGAGGUACGUUCACCGAUGGCUAAUUUAGGAUCUGGCGCCAAAUAUUCUCCUGUCAAUACUCUCCAUUAUUGGUUGAAUAUCUGUAAUUCUGUAAACAAGUGGUUAAAGAGAAAGUUCAGUAUUUUAAAACGUAAUGUAAGAUGGUUCCUCAUCCUGAAAGUAGUCUAUGGACCUGGAGAAACUGUAAACCAUGCUCAUUUGUUUUUUUUACUGUAAAAUACUGAACUUCCCCUUUAAUACUAUGCAGUCGUGUAUGGGUUUGAAUUAGUGGAAUGUCUGUAGCCUGCUGCUCUCAUACUACUUCCCAUUCACCACAUACAAUGAACUGAUGCUUUCAACUGCAAUCCCAUAACCUUGCUUUUGUGGAGCCUCGUAACUAUACAGAACCGCAAAGUAUAAAUGUAUCUGACCCCAACAGUGUGACCACCUAAACAGAUGAUUGGUGAAUAUUGUUCUAAGCCUGAAUACGGAUUGGUUGGUUGACUGGACAUCUUCACUAUGAUUGGUCUAUGUAGCUGUCCAAGCCCCAAAAGGUGUCUAUCCCAGAGCGCUAUGUGGAGUCAGACCCCGAGGAGCCUCUGAGCCAGGAGGAGAUGGAGGAUCGUCAACGCAGAGCAGAACGCAUCAAAAACAUCCUGGCCAAGUCUAAGUACUACUGACUUAGUUUCAGCCAUUCAGUUCAUGUUGAUACAAUGAGGAUGAUGAUGAUGAUGAUGAAUGUCAAAGUCGCUUUUAAAAAACGACGACAUUUAGGGUGAUCUAGCAGAUUAUUGAUGAGAAAUGGUAGAAAUCUGGGCACUUCUUAUUGAGAAAAGGUAACACUUUAUUUGGAUAGUCCAUCUGUAAAUGCUCUAUAGCAGGGAUCAUCAACUAGUUUCAGCCACGGGCCAAUUUUUUUCUUGAGCGGAUGGUCAGGGGUCCGGAACAUAAUUACAAAUAAUUUGUAGACUGCAAAUUGACUGCAAGAAGCCCAAACAGAUACAACAUUUGUCUAAAACUUGAUCAUUUCAAACCUUGCUUACAUUUCUAUAUGAUCACAUAUAUCUCUCUAUUAUGCGUGGAAAUACUUUGGAACAGAUUUCCAAAAUUAAAAUUACUUGGCGCUGAUUUGCUGCUUUUUCUUUUAGUAUUUUAUGUCGCAGGCCAGGCUGCCAGUUGGGAAACCCUUCUCUACAGACUAUAAGCAUCAUUUCAACAGCAUGUCUCGGGCCUUUCAGUAGCAUCUCAACAGUGUCUCAUCAUUUCAACAUGCAGAUGACAUGUUACUGAUUGUCUGUAGAUAGUUUGUAGAGCAUCUACAGAUGGACUAUUCAAAUAAAGUGUUACCUAGAAAGGAAAACAUUAACGGCAUCACAAGCAUCAUAAUGGCUACGUCAGUGUGUCCCAUUUCAUGGGUCCCUGGAUCCUGUGUUGGGUGAGCUGUGGCUGAUUUGAUCAAAUUUACAAAUUAAAACUGGGUUCUGACUUGAAACUUAAGCAAACUACAAAAGCUUUAGAGCACAAUAUAAAAAAGUUAAUGCAAUAAUCCCUUAUGUCCUAAAUAGCGCCCUAUUCCCUACACUCUAUUCCCUAUGAGCCUUGGUCAAAAGUAGUGCACUACAUAGGGAAUAGGGUGCCAUUUGGGACACUGUUUUCCUUUGUUCCUCAAUGUUUUCCUUUGUUUCGGUCUCUCUUUUCCCUGGUGUGUAUUCCCUUCCCACCUUGUGUGUCAGUUUUCAGAACAUACGUCCGUCGUCUGGUGUGUCUGUCCCACUGAACUUCACUGAUUUGGACAUAGCCAUGCAGCAGCAGGAGAGGAUCAUGACUGUGUCCCACGCCUUGGCCUCUGAAGCCUCCAUUAAGAGCAAGCAGUUCACAGGUCAGCUCAUACAUGCACAUGCUUUAAACACACACGCUACAAAUAUGCAUACUGUCCAGUUCACACACUCA